AUGACACCUCCUUCAGACCGUCUGGCCUCCAUGUUCCUCAGCUCUCUGCUCCACCACCAUGUCUCUCACCUCCUUCAGACCGUCUGGCCUCCAUGUUCCUCAGCUCUCUGCUCCACCACCAUGUCUCUCACCUCCUUCAGACCGUCUGGCCUCCAUGUUCCUCAGCUACGCUCUCUGCUCCACCACCAUGUCUCUCACCUCCUUCAGACCGUCUGGUCUCCAUGUUCCUCAGCUACGCUCUCUGCUCCACCACCAUGUCUCUCACCUCCUUCAGACCGUCUGGCCUCCAUGUUCCUCAGCUCUCUGCUCCACCACCAUCAGGGGUGGGGGUCUGGCCGCUCUACUGUUUGUGGUUUGUUUCUGUAGCUUCAGUCCCUUGUCUUUCCUCUUACCCCCUCCAUUCUCUCCCUGACCCCAUGCCCCAGACAGACAGUCCCUCUGAGCCGUCCUCUCUCUCUCCCUGAGCCCAUGCCCCAGACAGACAGUCCCUCUGAGCCGUCCUCUCUCUCUCCCUGAGCCCAUGCCCCAGACAGACAGUCCCUCUGAGCCGUCCUCUCUCUCUCCCUGAGCCCAUGCCCCAGACAGACAGUCCCUCUGAGCCGUCCUCUCUCUCUCCCUGAGCCCACAGCAACACCAGCUGAGCUACAGCACCCCUCAUUCUGAAAUGACAAACUCUUCAGACAUCCGAGAGCAAAUACUGACAACAACUACAGUAUCAACGGCAGCUUUAAAAUGAGCCGGCUAUCUGGAGUCAGUGGAACAGGAAACGGACAAUAAAGCCUGUUAAUACCUAACCUGUAUACCUUGGCCGUGAUUUAAUCCGAUCAUGCUUGUCGACAACGCAGCUUUUGAAGGCGUUAUUACCGCGUUAGCAGAGAUAGCGUUCAAGGUAAACGCUGAAGAUGUUGGCUCAAAUGGAAAUUACCUUUAAAGGUCCCGCACAGUCAUCCUAUUUCCCAAGUAAAAAUAGCCUUAGAAUGACCAAAACAUCGGCCACAAUAUUUUUGACGGAAACGGUACCUUUCCCUCAUCUGUACCUAUCAGGAAGCCUGAAAGAACAGAGUGGGUGGAGAUUAUAUUCAGGAGCUCCCCUUGACUGACAGCUCUUUGAAACCCUUUUGUGGUCGUUGCCAGGUAACGAGGUAACAAUGGGCCACAUGCCGCUGAAGACAAGGUAAACAAUAGGCCAUAUGUCAUUCCUACAGUAAAUAGUAUGCCUCAACCCAUUUUCUCUGCAAAACCCUCUCAUGGUCAACAGAGCUGAUCAUGGACUGUUGGAUAUCAGACAAACAGCAGCAAUACACAAUGGCAUUUCUAUUGUUUUGUAGCUAAUUACAGAAUACAGUUCACUGAUUUAUUGGUGUCUCUGCAUUAGCAUUAUGAAUGAAAAUAUAUUCACAAUUGUAUGUAUUGAUCAGGCAUUUAUUUGAUUAUUUACAACAGGCUAGUAUAGCCGAAAUAUUGAUCAACAUCAACACUCAUGAGACAUAGAGGUGAGACAUAGAGGUGAGACAUAGAGGUGAGACAUAGAGGUGAGACAUAGAGGUGAGACAUAGAGGUGAGACAUAGAGGUGAGACAUAGAGGUGAGACAUAGAGGUGAGACAUAGAGGUGAGACAUAGAGGUGAGACAUAGAGGGGAGACAUAGAGGUGAGACAUAGAGGGGAGACAUAGAGGUGAGACAUAGAGGUGAGACAUAGAGGUGAGACAUAGAGGGGAGACAUAGAGGUGAGACAUAGAGGGGAGACAUAGAGGUGAGACAUAGAGGUGAGACAUAGAGGUGAGACAUAGAGGUGAGACAUAGAGGUGAGACAUAGAGGUGAGACAUAGAGAUGAGAGCCAUAAGCCUAACAUAGGCAGUGUGCAGGACCCAUUGAUUCAUACAAUUUGUGUCUGAUGCUUGAAGAAAAAAACAACACAAAGUAACAAUGUGAUGUCAUACUUGUAUUUGUGAGAGGUAUUGACAUGUUGAAAGCACCGAGCUGUCUGUUUGAACUACUGGCGCACAGCUCGGACACCCAUGCAUACCCCACAAGACAUGCCACCAGAGGUCUCUUCACAGUCCCCAAGUCCAGAGCAGACUAUGGGAGGCGCACAGUAUUACACAGAGCCAUGACUACAUGGAACUCUGUUCAACAUCAAGUAACUGAUGCCAGCAGUAGAAUCAGAUUUAAAAAACAGAUAAAAAUACACCUUAUGGAACAGCGGGGACUGUGAAGCAACACAAACAUAGGCACAGACACAUGCAUACACACACAUGAUAACAUACACACUAUACACACACGUACACAUGGAUUUUGUACUGUAGAUAUGUGGUAGUGGAGUAGGGGCCUGAGGGAACACAGUGUGUUGUGAAAUCUGUUAUGAAUGUAUUGUAAUGUUUUUAAAAUGUAUAACUGCCUUAAUUUUGCUGCACCCCAGGAAGAGUAGCUGCUGCCUUGGCAAGAACUAAUGGGGAUCCAUAAUAAAUACAAAUACAAAUAUCACAUAGAAGUGAAUGACUUAGGCUUUAGGAAAUGCAACCUACUACAGAGAUUGAUGGGAGGGGAGGGGGAGAGGAGGGGGAGAGGAGGGGGAGGGGAGGGGGAGAGGAGAGGGAGGGGAGGGGGAGAGGAGGGGGAGAGGAGGGGGACCCAUGUAACCCGCUUCAGUCACCCAUUUGGCUUCAGUCACCCACUUGGCUUAAAUCAUCCCCAAGAUUGAAUCGGGAGACAAAUCCAGCUAUGGCCUCCUCUCACACUGGGCAGACAGGGGUCCAGGGAUGGACAUAUCAGGCCUCUCUCACUGGGCAGACAGGGGUCCUGGGAUGGACAUAUCAGGCCUCUCUCACUGGGCAGACAGGGGUCCAGGGAUGGACAGAUCAGGCCUCACACACUGGGCAGACAGGGGUCCUGGGAUGGACAUAUCAGGCCUCACAUACUGGGCAGACAGGGGUCCUGGGAUGGACAUAUCAGGCCUCACACACUGGGCAGACAGGGGUCCUGGGAUGGACAUAUCAGGCCUCUCUCACUGCUGCGGUGGUUGCUUGGGAAACUGUGCAGACAGAGUAGAUGUUGAAUUUUCUAAAAUGUCUAUCAUUACAGUUUGAUGAUAGUGGAAAGAGAAAAUGAGAUGGAAAGUGAAAUAAUAAUCCCCCCUAAUCAUCAUGAUUAGCCCCAACGACACAGGCUACAUCAACUGUAAGAUAACAACCACACAAUGGAAAUAUGAUUUUCAGGGGUAAAUCACAAAUACUAUACACACCACAACUCCUUUUGUGGGCAACAUUCCUCCGUGUCAGCUGUGUGCUGGCAGUUCUCAGACUGUAGGGGGCCAUUCCUCCGUGUCAGCUGUGUGCUGGCAGUUCUCAGACUGUAGGGGGCCAUUCCUCCGUGUCAGCUGUGUGCUGGCAGUUCUCAGACUGUAGGGGGCCAUUCCUCCGUGUCAGCUGUGUGCUGCAGUUCUCAGACUGUAGGGGGCCAUUCCUCCGUGUCAGCUGUGUGCUGGCAGUUCUCAGACUGUAGGGGGCCAUUCCUCCGUGUCAGCUGUGUGCUGGCAGUUCUCAGACUGUAGGGGGCCAUUCCUCCGUGUCAGCUGUGUGCUGGCAGUUCUCAGACUGUAGGGGGCCAUUCCUCCGUGUCAGCUGUGUGCUGGCAGUUCUCAGACUGUAGGGGGCCAUUCCUCCGUGUCAGCUGUGUGCUGGCAGUUCUCAGACUGUAGGGGGCCAUUCCUCCGUGUCAGCUGUGUGCUGGCAGUUCUCAGACUGUAGGGGGCCAUUCCUCCGUGUCAGCUGUGUGCUGGCAGUUCUCAGACUGUAGGGGGCCAUUCCUCCGUGUCAGCUGUGUGCUGGCAGUUCUCAGACUGUAGGGGGCCAUUCCUUCGUGUCAGCUGUGUGCUGGCAGUUCUCAGACUGUGUGCUGGCAGUUCUCAGACUCAAUGUAGGGGGCUUAUGGAUGGAACAACAACCAUAUAGUGACAAUCAGGUGUGUUACAGAAAAUAUACCAUUCACAAGUCAAAGCGGCAGGUAGCUUAGUGGUUAAGAGUGUUGUGCCAGCAACCGAAAGGUCGCUGGUUCUGGAGCUGACUAGGUCAAAAAUCUGUUGAUGUGCCCUUGCGCAAGGCACUUAACUCUAAUUGCUCCUGUAAGUCACUCUGGAUAAGAGCAUCUGCUAAAUGACAAAAUAUAUAUAUAAUAAAAAAAUAAGAAUCUGCUGCUGUCAGAUGUCUUCAUUCUUCAGAAAAUACUGUAAGGUUAAAUUUACACUAUGGCACCCAGUCACGCCACAGUGUGCUUUUGCCGGCAUGCUGGUUAGUAGCUUGCUAGCUAACAGUCACGCCACAGUGUGCUUUUAGCUAGCUAACAGUCACGCCACAGAUGAAAGGUUACCAGUAUCUUUGGUCAUACGUUCAGCUUGAUUUAGUAUCUCAAGAACAAAGCCAAAGCAAGGCGUAGGCGCACAUGUGAUGCCGGUUUUAAGGCGGUACAGAACUUAAAAUUAGGUUAAGAUGAUGACGCGAACUAUUGGUGGAUGAAAGGGAAAGCGAAGAAAAACAACAAUAAAAAACAAAAACAAAAAACCCCCCCCCCACCCCACCCCCCCCCCCCCCCCCCCAACACCCCACCCCACCCCUCUCUCUCUGUCUCUCUCUCUCUCUCUCUCUCUCUCCUCUUAUCUCUCUAUCUCUCUCUCUCUCUGUCUGUCUCUCUCUCUCUCUCUCUCUCUCUCUCUCUCUCUCUCUCUCUCUCUCUCUCUCAAUGGUAUGGUAUAAUUUACGGCUAACACCCUAACUAAUGCCAGGCCUGUAUUUAGCAUACCAUCUUUGCCCAAUCACGGUUAAUGCCCUAUCGCCAGGUGGAUUAGCGGGAAGGUCAUGAUUUUUGAUAUCAUUGGAGCAGCUACGACUGUAGCCAGUAAAAAGCUCUAUUUUUGGAAACGCUCAUCAUUUCCUAAAACCAAAAUCCUCAAAAUCCUUUUGAUUUUAAUACUUUUAAUAGCAUUGGAGGUCAUAUUUCUGUGUCAAAAAUGUGUCUGUGUUUCCUGUCUGUCUGUUUCCUGUCUGUGUGUUUCCUGUCUGUGUGUUCCUGUCUGUCUGUUUCCUGUCUGUCUGUUUCCUGUCUGUGUGUUUCCUGUCUGUGUGUUUCCUGUCUGUUGUUUCCUGUCUGUGUGUUUCCUGUCUGUCUGUUUCCUGUCUGUCUGUUUCCUGUCUGUUGUUGGGGUCUGUGGUUCCUGUUGUUGUUUCUGUCUGUUUUCCUGUCUGUGUUUUUGGUAUCUCUGCUGGUUGUUCCUGUUGUUUCUGCUGUUGUCGUUCGGUUCGGGUCUGUGUUUUGCUUGGGUUUCUGUGUGUCAUGUGUUUUGGUUUCGCUGUUCUUUGGUCGUGGUUCGUUCGUUUGUCGGUUGGGUGUGUUUGUUGUCGUUCUGUUGUGUUGUUGUGUCGGUCGUGCGUCAUCUUCGUCUGUUGUUCAGGUACUCGGUUCGGUCUUCGUCGUGUCUUCGUUGUUGUGUGUCGGUCGUUUCGGUGUCAGGUUCGUUCAGUGGUUCGGUUCGGUGUUCAUGUGGUGUCAGGUGUGUGUUCGUGUCUUGUACGUGUCGGUGUUCUGUAGUGUUGUUUCGGUGUUCGGUUGUCGGUGUCGUGUUAGGUUGGUGUACGGUUGUUUGUCCGGUGUAUCGUUUAUGUUGUUUAGGUUUCGGUGUCGGUUGUUCGGUAGGUCUGUUCUGUUGGUUUCGUGUUUGUUCAGGUGUUGGUGUGUGUUCGGGUAUCGGUGUUCGGGUUAGGUGUUUUCGUGUUCAGGUGUCAGGUGUAUGUGUAUCAGUGUACGGUGUACGGUGUUGUGAUCGGUGUUAGUCGGUGUAUCAGGUGUAUCAGGUGUUAGGUGUUCAUGGUGUUUCUGUACGUGUGUGGUAGUUCAGGUGUAUCAGGUGUAUCAGUGUAUCAGGUGUACCAGGUGUACAGGGUUCGUGUGUUGUAUCAGGUGUAUCAGGUGUAUCAGUGUAGUGUAGCUACGGUGUUAUCAGGUGUAUCAGGUGUUAGGUGUAUCAGUGUAUCGGUGUAUCAGGUGUUCGGUGUAUCAGGUUUGUCAGGUGUAUCAGGUUGUAUCAGGUGUAUCAGGUGUACAGGUGUAUCAGGUGUAAGUUCGGUGUACAGGUGUAUCAGGUGUUCAGGUGUAUACAGGUGUAUUCAGGUUCGUUCAGGUGUAGUGUGGUAGUCAGGUGUAUCAGGUUGUAUCAGGUGUAUCAGUUCGGUGUACAGGUGUUUGUAUCAGGUGUAUCAGGUGUAUCAGGUGUUAUCAGGUGUAUCAGGUGUUUGUACCGGUUUUUUGUACGUUCAGGUUGUUAUCCAGGUGUAUCAGGUUGUUGAUCAGUGUAUCGUGUUACCGGUGUAUCAGGUUGUAUCAGUGUUGUAUCAGGUGUUCAGGUUGUAUUGCGGUGUAUCGUGUUUCGUGUAUCAGGUGUAUCAGGUUUUGGUUCGGUUGUUCAUGUUAGGUUCGUUAGUGUACCAGGUGUUCAGGUGUAUCAGGUGUGUAUCAGGUGUAUCAGGUGUUCAGUGUUCAGGUGUAUCAGGUCUGUACCAGGUGUAUCAGGUGUACGGGUUUAUCAGGUGUUGUUAUCAGGUGUAUCAGGUGUUCAGUAUACAGGUGUAUCAGGUGUUCGUGUUGGUUAUCAGGUGUAUCAGGUGUAUAGGUGUAUCAGGUUGUAUCAGGUUGUACGUGUAUCAGGUUUGUUACCAGGUGUAUCAGGUUGUAUCAGGUGUAUCAGGUGUUGUAUCAGUGUUUAUGUAUGGUGUAUCAGGUGUAUCAGGUCAUGUAUCAGGUGUUACAGGUGUACAGGUGUAUCAGGUGUAUCAGGUGUACAGGUUCGGUGUAUCAGGUGUAUAGGUGUAUCAGGUGUAUCCAGUGUAUCAGGUGUACAGGUGUUCAGGUGUACCGGUGUUGUAUCAGGUGUUCAGUUAGGUGUAUCAGGUGUAUCAGGUGUUUAUCAGGUGUACGGACGGUGUAUGUGUGGUUACUCAGGUGGUAUCAGGUGUGUAUCAGGUGUAUCAGGUGUACAGGUGUUGUAUCAGGGUGUACAGGUGUAUCAGGUGUAUCAGGUGUACCAGGUGUAGUAUGGUAUCAGGUGUAUCAGUGUUGUAUCAGGUGUAUCAGGUGUGUACAGGUGUAUCAGGUGUAUCAGGUGUUGGGUACAGGUGUUACUAGGUGUAUCAGGUGUAUCAGGUGUAUCAGGGUUCAGGUGUAUCAGGUGUAUCAGGUGUAUCAGGUGUAUCAGGUGUACCAGGUGUAUCAGGUGUAUCAGGUGUAUCAUAAGGUUAUCAGGUGUACAGUGGUACAGGUGUAGUUACAGGUGUAUCAGGUGUUGUGUAUCAGGUGUAUCAGGUGUUCAGGUGUACAGGUGUAUCAGGUUGUGUAUUCAGGUGUACUGAGUGAAAUUUACAGGUGUAUCAGGUGUAUCAGGUGUAUCAGGUGUAUCAGGUGUUGAUCAGGUGUUAGGUGUACAGGUGUAUAGGUGUAUCAGGGUUGGUAUACAGGUUUGGUAUCAGGUUGUAUCAGGUGUAUAGUCAGGUUGUAUACAGGGUUGUUGGUGACUAGGUGUAUCAGGUGUAUCGUACAGGUGUAAGGUGUACAGGUGUAUCAGGUGUAUCAGGGUGUAUCAGGUGUAUCAGGUGACGGUGUAGUAUCAGGGUAUCAGUGUAUCAGGUGUAUCAGGGUGUAUCAGGUGUACGUCAGGUGGUAUCAGGGUGUCAGGUGAUCGUGUAUCAGGUGUAUCAGGUUGGUAUCAGGUGUAUCAGGUGUAUCAGGUGUUGUAUCAGGUGUAUCAGGUGUCAUGUCAGGUGUAUCAGAAGGGUUGUAUCAGGUGUAUGAUCAGGUGUAUCAGGUGUACAGUGUAGGGUAUCAGGUUGUAUCAGGGUUGUAUCAGGUGGUAUCAGGGUUGGUGAUCAGGUGUAUCAGGUGUAUCAGGUGUAUCAGGUGUAUCAGGUGUAUCAGGUGUAUCAGGUGUACCAGGUGUAUCAGGUGUAUCAGGUGUAUCAGGUGUAUCAGGUGUAUAAGGUGUACCAGGUGUAAUCACAAGGUGUAUCAGGUGUAUCAGGUGUUAGUGUAUAAGGUGUAUACAGGUGUGUAUCAGGUGUAUAGGUGUAUAAGGUGUAUCAGGUGUAUCAGGUGUAUCCGGGUGUAUUCAGGUGUUCAGGGUAUCAGGUGUAUCCAGGUGUAUUCAGGUGUACCAGUUGUGUCCGGUGUUCAGGUUUCAGUGUACCAGGUGUAUCAGGUGUAUCAGGUGUAUCAGGUGUAUCAGGUGUAUAAGGUGUAUCAGGUCGGUUGUAUCAGGUGUACCAGGUGUGUCAGGUGUAUCAGGUGUACCAGGUGUAUCAGGUGUAUCAGGUGUACCAGGUGUACCAGGUGUACCAGGUGUAUCAGGUGUAUCAGCAGAUUUCUGUUUGGACACACCUACUCAUUCAAGGGUUUUUCUUUAUUUUUAAUAUUUUUUACAUUGUAGAAUAAUAGUGAAGACAUCAAAACUAUGAAAUAACACAUAUGGAAUUAUGUAGUAACCCAAAAAGUGUUAAACAAAUCAAAAUAUAUUUGAGAUUUGAGAUUCUUCAGAUAGCCACCCCUGAAAGCGUUAUACAAAUUCGUUCAAACUUUUAUCAACUAUAUACAUUUACAUACUUAUCCAUAAAAUAACCCACCAACAGUAACUCUUGAACCGUUCAAGCUAGAGACACCAAACCAACUCAGGCUAUCCUAACUUCAUCUACCUACUUUCUCAACUAUAACCAGUCACCACCAUUAAUACUGCAGACACUACCACCACUUUCACGUAUUUCAAAACCAUACACACUUUAAAACCAGCUAGCAAACACACCACACUUUCUUCAGGAAAUGUACAUUUAGCCUAAAUAGUUUAUUUCUUAGAUAGACCCACAGCUAGCUAUCAGUAGGUCUACAUACAAACAUAUUCUACAUAGUUCUUCAACUACCACAAACAUAAUUUAAGAGCGGUCAUGACUAGAUGCACCAUCAUAUUUCUCUCCCCAAAUAAUAGCCUACAACUUUCUAAUCAUUAUAUCAUCAUUCAACUAAAAUCAAACUUCAUUCACACUGCACGUUUUUUAAAAAGUAAAUCAUGCAUUUAUUGAUUCAGAGUUUAUUCCCGGACAGAAGAUCCUCUGUCUUUCUUCUUUUAGUUUUCACACACAACAACUGUAGUUUAGACAUUUUUGUGAUCUAACUGCCCCGAAAUCCAAAGUAAUAUGGUUGAUAUAGUAGUCUAUCAAAGUAAUCUGACCAAUAAUUUUGUUACUAUAUGUAACUGAUUUUCCUUAAAUAGUAAACUAAACGUUUUUAUACUUCUACCACUACCACAAAAAUAUUUUAAGGAAUUAAAGCAAGUCCCACCAAUUGUACUUCAUGUACAAUUACCAUCUAGUUAUUAUUUUUAUUUUUUAGCAUGCCGUUCAAACGUACACUUUUUGGGGAUAUCUUUUAUAAUUUUUAAGUUAUCAUUUAAUUGUUGUGUUCUUUUAGUUCUCCAUCCACUUUCAAGGCAUUUCCACAACAUUCUAAAGGCCCCAUUAUGACAUCUUCACUUCCAACAUUCCAUUCACCGUAAAUGCAACAACGCAACUUUUGACAAAAAUCUUCUACUUUGACCACGAAAUCUUCCUCUACUUCUCAGCUUUUCAAAUCUGUUCGCGGAACAAAAAUAUCCACUACGGAUGUAACGAUACAGCUGUUUUAGUAACUGCAUUAACUAUUUUUUUAAAUAACUUUUUCCAAACAACUGUCGUUUUGACCACUCUCCCCAACAACUUAGACAAACACUUAGAGCAUAUGAAAUCUUACUCUACCUCUCUGCUAUUCAAAUCUGGUAUCAGAACAUAAUUAUCUUCUACCAAUACCAAGUUACAGCUGUUUGUAGGAGUUUAUAGCAGUGUUGCCAACUAAUUUUCAGGGGAAGUUGCUAGAGGCAGGUCGAUUUGUUGCUAAAAGUUGCUAAAUGACAUUGUGAUGUCAUUGCGUCAUGACGUCAUUACGUAAUAACGUAAAACUGCGUCAUUACAUAGAAUAGACAAUAACGUUACUGAAAUUGACCGGCCGUCUCAGCUACAAACAUGAUUUGACAUUUGUUAGUUUAGAUUUGUUUGUUUAUGAUCACAUAUUUUUAUUUGAAAAAAGCAAAAUAAUUUUAUAUGAUCAGAUAUUUUUAUUUGUAAACACAACACAUUGAAUUAUUGAACAAUUAAACAUUACACAUUAUUGAACAAGUACAUUUUAUUUAUUUUCUUAUUAACUAGUAAGCCUACACAUUCUGAACAAUUACAGUUUUAAGCAGUGUAUAGGUAGUUAGUUAACAUGCUACCUAACUGAUCAACAAUUAUAGGUACAAGCUAAUAACCAGGUAUAUCUGCUAUCUUAUUGAACAAGCAACUUAACUCAAAUAAUGAUGUGUGCGCUAGGCAUCUCUCUCCAGCUCUCUCCAGGUUGUUGUGCUGAUUGGCUGGCCUGCUGCUUGGCUGGCCUGCUGAUUGGCUGGCCUGCUGCUGCCUGUGCACGAGCUGAGCGCCUGCUGCUGACGUCACUCACAAUGCCCUUUUGCAGCCAGCCAGGCACGUGUGUUGUGACUGAGUGUGUGACAGAGAAAAUCGUUUUUUGUGUCAUUUAGAGAGAAAAUGCGUUGCAUUUUAGCGUUUGGGUCACUUUUCAUUAUUGAGCCAAACGGAACUGUUGCUAUGGAUACUCACAAAAUAUAGAGGGUACGACAUCUUGGUCUACUUCGCUGCUAUUUAAAUCUGGAAUCAGAACAGAAUUAUUAUGAACCGUUCAAGCUAGAGACACCAAACCAACGUUCACAUGUUUAGGCUAUCCUAACUUCAAAUUCUGAAAAACUUUGAUCAACUAUAACUAUAGAAAUGUACAUACAUUUGCAUGAAAUAACUCACCAACAGUAACUCUUGAACCGUUCAAGCUAGAUACACCAAACCAACUUUAAAAUGUUCAGGCUAUCCUAACUUCAAAUUCUUUCAAACUUGUAUAAACUAUAUAAAUUAGCAUAAAUUAGCAUAACAUAACCCAGCAACAGUAACUCUGUUCAAACUAGAGACACCAAACCAACUUCACAUGUUCAGGCUAUCCUAUCCACUGCCACGAAAAUACUUUUAAAGAGCGGACGCAAGUCACACAAUCUUUCUUCAUGGAAAAUUACCAUCUAUAGUGCCUUCGGAAAGUAUUCAGACCCCUUCCCUUUUUCCACAUUUUGUUACGUUACAGCCUUUUUCUAAAAUUGAUUAAAUACUUUUUUCCCCUCAUCAAUCUACACACAAUACCCCAUCAAAUGUAUUAAAAAUAAAAACAGAAAAACCUUAUUUACAUAAGUAUUCAGACCCUUUGCUAUGAGACUCGAAAUUGAGCUUAGGUGCAUCCUGUUUCAAUUGAACAUCCUUGAGAUGUUUCUACAACUUGAUUGGAGUCCAUCUGUGGUAAAUUCAAUUGAUUAGACAUGAUUUGGAAAGGCACACACAUGUCUAUAUAAGGUCCCACAGUUGACAGUGCAUGUCAGAGCAAAAACCAAGACAUGAGGACUAAGGAAUUAUCCGUAGAGUUCUGAGACAAGAUUGUGUCGGAGCUCAGAUCUGGGGAAGGGUACCAAAACAUUUAUGCAGCAUUGAAGGUCCCCAAGAACACAGUGGCUUCCAUCAUUCUUAAAUGGAAGAAGUUUGGAACCACCAAAACUCUUCCUAGAGCAGGCCGCCCGGCCAAACUGAGCAAUCGGGGGAGAAGGGCCUUGGUCAGGGAGGUGACCAAGAACCUGAUGGUCACUCUGACAGAGCUCCAGAGUUCCUCUGUAGAGAUCGGAGAUCCUUCCAGAAGGACAACCAUCUCAGCAGCACUCCACCAAUCAGGCCUUUAUGGUAGAGUGGCCAGACAGAAGAUGUGGAAAAAGUAAAGGGGUCUGAAUACUUCGUAGUUACCUACGAUCUCUCUCUCUUCAGCUCCUCCACAUCCCUCUCACUGGCUGUUAAUCUGGUUUCCAGGACUACACAGACAGGAAAAUAAAACAUUUACAAUCAACCUAGAAAGAGUUAACUUACAAGGACAUGAAAAGAAACACAAGUUAACUAAACAGUCAACCCUGAAUUAUAAAAUACCUGUAUUAUUUCAAGCAUCAACAAACAAACAUCACCAACAUAUUAUAAUAAAAUAAUGACCUGCAUUCUCUCCCAGCUCCUCCUCCUUCUUGGUGAGUCAAAGAUCAAAUCGUUGCUACUUUGCCUGGUCCUCACUGUCCUUCAGUCUGACCUCCAUGUUCCUCUGCUCCAUCAGCUGUCCAGAUGUCAGGGGAAGUGGUGGUCCUGACCUCUCGUCUGUUAAUGGGUCUGUAGCUUCAGUCUCUUGACUCUCGAUCAAACUGCAGUGCCUUAAGAAUGUAUUCAUACCCCUUGACUUAUUCCACAGUUACAGCCUGCAUUCAAAAUGGAUUACAUUGAUUUUAUUUCUCUAACCCAUCUACACACCAUAAUGACAAAGUUGAAAACAUAUUUUUUGAAAUGUUUGCAAAUAUAUUGAAAAUGAAAUACAGAAAUAUCUCAAUUAUAUACACUACCGUUCAAAAGUUUGGGGGUCACUUAGAAAUGUCCUUGUUUUCCAUGAAAACAUACAUUAAAUUAGUUUGAAUAGGAAAUAUAGCAAAAUGCAUCGGAAAUGUAGUCAUUGACAAGGUUAGAAAUAAUGAUUUUUAAUUGAAAUAAUAAUUGUGCCCUUUCGUCAAAGAAUCCUCCAUUUGCAGCAAUUACAGCCUUGCAGACCUUUGGCAUUGUAGUUGUCAAUUUGUUGAGGUAAUCUGAAGAGAUGUCACCCCAUGGUUCCUGAAGCACCUCCCACAAGUUGGAUUGGCUUGAUGGGCACUUUUUACGUACCAUACGGUCAAGCUCCACAACAGCUCAAUAGGGUUGAGAUCCGGUGACUGUGCUGGCCUCUCCAUUAUAGACAGAAUACCAGCUGACUGCUUCUUCCCUAAAUAGUUAUUGCAUAGUUUGGAGCUGUGCUUUGGGUCAUUGUCCUGUUGUAGGAGGAAAUUGGCUCCAAUCAAGCGCCGUCCACAGGGUAUGGCAUGGCGUUGCAAAAUGGAGUGAUAGCCUUCCUUCCUCAAGAUCCAUUUUACCCUGCACAAAUCUCCCACUUUACCACCGCCAAAGCAUCCCCAGACCAUCACAUUGCCUCCACCAUGCUUGACAGAUGGCAUCAAGCACUCCUCCAGCAUCUUUUCAAAUGUUCUUCUUUGUGAUCCGAACACCUCAAACUUCGAUUUGUCUGUCCAUAACACUUUUUUCCAAUCUUCCUCAGUGUCUGUGUUCUUUUGCCCAGCUUAAUCUUUUAUUUUUAUUGGCCAGUCUGAGAUAUGGAAGGUCAGCAUCCCGGAGUCGCCUCUUCACUGUUGACGUUGAGACUGGUGUUUUGCGGGUACUAUUGAAUGAAGCUGCCAGUUGAGGACCUGUGAGGCGCCUGUUUCUCAAACUAGACACUCUAAUGUAUUUGUCCUCUUGCUCAGUUGUGCACCAGGGCCUCCCACUCCUCUUUCUAUUCUGGUUAGAGACAGUUUGCGCUGUUCUGUGAUCUCAGCGAUCACUGCCUCACACAGAACAAAGCGGGUUUGUUAAAAAGCGUUUAUCCAAGGGCAGUUUGGGUAAAUGCCAGAUUGGCUGAUCCAUCUUUAGCCCAGUGGGUCUGUCUAAAUUGGGCCGGUGUGGGGACUUUGAGGGGGGAAAAUGGGCCGGUGUGGGGACUUUGGAGGGGGGAAAAUGGGCCGGUGUGGGGACUUUGAGGGGGGAAAAUGGGCCAGUGUGGGGACUUUGGAGGGGGGAAAAUGGGCCGGUGUGGGGACUUUGAGGGGGGAAAAUGGGCCAGUGUGGGGACUUUGAGGGGGGGAAAUGGGCCGGUGUGGGAACUUUGAUGGGGGAAAAUGGGCCAGUGUGGGGACUUUGAGGGGGGAAAAUGGGCCAGUGUGGGGACUUUGAUGGGGGAAAUGGGCCGGUGUGGGGACUUUGAUGGGGGGGAAAAUGGGCCGGUGUGGGGACCUUGAGGGGGGAAAAUGGGCCGGUGUGUUAGAAAUGCCCAGGCCGAUUUCUGGUCCCAAAAUACCAGGUGAAAAAAUACCCACAAACCCUUAUGCGGACACUGCUGUGCAAACACAGACAGCGACGUGAGUUGUAGCCUAGUCCAGUCCAGUCUGAUCUGGUCCUGGGUACUGACUGAUGCAGGUGGAGAGUAGGGAUGUGUGUGACAAUACUAGUUAAAUUCACUAAGUAAACUACCGUAAAUGUAGAAUACACAGUAGUAGUCAAUGUGUGGGAAGAGAGUAGUCUGAUAUCAAACUAAUGCCGUCUCCAUCCGUACCAUGGUCUUGUUGCGGACAGUUACAACCCUUUUUGCAUUCGUAUAAAAAUUGACUGCUGCUGUCGUCCUUAUGUUUUUUUCCUCCUUCUUUAUGUAACGAACGGAAGAUUCAUUGAUUCCGUAAUGGCGAGCAACGGCUGCAUAGCUUUUACCUUCCCUUAGCAUGUCCAGAAGUUUAACUUUAUCUGAGAUAGGUAGCAUCUUCCGCCGUUUGGGCCCAUCCGCAGGUGCUUUUGUCGGUCCAGGCCGUUUCGUCGACAUUAUGGGUUUAGGAGAUGUUCGAAAUUACAAGAUAAUUUGGCCAACUUAAUGUAAAUUUGCCAAGCUGUUUUAUGUACGUACACAUAACUGCACGAGACGACAAAAUGAUAGCACAAUUCGUAGCAUGUUUUGAUACAAGAAGCGGGAGUGAGUUUUUAGCGAAUCAGAAUGCAGAGCACAAUGCACCAAAAAAAAAAAAAUGCAUUAUGAAAAUCCGCGAAUAGUACUAAAAUGGUGGGGGGAGAGAAGUGUAUUUUCAUAUAGUGAAAAUAAAUACAUUCAUAUAAUAAAACAAUUGUAUUUCUAAAAUCACGGUGGGAAUUUAGUAGUCUAAAUUGGUUUCCAGAGUUAUACACACCAGCCAUGAUAGUUUCCGAGCCAGUGAUGUCAUCCAUCGGUAGCACUGGAGAGAAGCGCAGGCUGGUCUCUCCUGUGAAGACAAGUUACAUUCAGCUGAAUUCUCACUCAUCCAGAUCAUGUGAUACCCUGCUAGGGCAGUGAUUGGCUCCUGGUCUAGCUCUUCCCUGAGGUGAUUGGUUGAAUGAUGUGAUCCCUUCAAUGAGCUUCUGCACACAGGACUGGUGGCUUUAUGUUGUGUUACAGAAGCCUUGACAAUCACUAUGAUGGUUUUGAAUUAAUAUCAUACAAUCUUAAAUUACUGGUCUUGACUAAAGAAGGCAUUUAAAAUAUAUGUAAUAAAUAAAAGAAGAAUGUACGUACAGCUGUUUCUUGUUUCUACAACAAAAUCUGAAAAACUAGAGUGAGGCAUGCUGGGAAUAUGCAAAUCAGGACCGUUUCGAUUGGUCAGCUUCCUCUCAGUCAACUACAGUACAACUCAACAGAUGAUUUGUGGACAGUUAUUGUGUAGAUCCCUUGUGCGGUUUUGAAGUGAACCUGUGGAGAUAAAUGUCUCAAAACACCAAGAUAGAGGUUUGACAUUGAAUAAAUAAUAUCCAUUCUAAAUUGUUUUCUGUCUGUCUAUACUCAGUCUAGCCACUAGAUGACAGCAUUGCUUAGUGAGAGAAUCUAAAACAGGGGUCUACUCAUUUAUUUAACUUUCAAAUAGAUACGUUAUUUUCUCCCCUGCAACACUUCCCCAGGUCUUUGCUGUAAAAUAGAUGUGUUUUGUGUCAAUAUACCUGUUACAAUAAUGGUUAAUCAACAACUCUAAGGGGGACCAUAUAAAAUCAAUUAUAUUUUUUCCCAAAUUCGUUUUGUCAGUUAAAUUGUGGUUUAGAAUGUUAUAUUUUUAUUUUGUCACUCUUAAAUAACAAAUAUUUAUAGAGAAACAACAAUAUUGGAUGUUCAGAGUGCAUGUCCAUGCAUAAAUCACAUCAGAAGACGCUCUUUUCCAGAGCGACUUACUGCUAAAUGACUAAAAUGUAAAUGUAAGACCAUUGUUGAGGCCUGGGGAAAACAUUUACAAAUGUAGAUUUAUUUAUGUAAUUCUCCAUUAAUUGUGCACACAGGGCCCGAUUCCAACCCGAGUUAAAUGGAACUUAAUUCCCUUUUUAUGCACUUUUCUCUGACAUUGAACUUAAGCAUGAGAAUAGCAUGCUAUUCACCUGCUCGCCAUUCGUUUGGGUUAGAGAUCGAAUAAAUGAAGGUGUGGUGGAGGUGUGUCCACAGAUAUGCCGUCCAUACCAAAAAAAACAGGCUUCUAGAAAACAGUUGUGGUAAACCUUUGGCCAAUUUCCACAAAUUUGCGGAAACUUGUGAACAUAUGCCAAACAAUUGGGAAACUAGUGGUGAACAUUCUGUUUGCUGCAAACGGAGUAUGAAUAUGCAAAUUAGAUCAGGUUUUUGGUUACUGUGUGUUAAACUUAAAUGUAUCUACAUAAACCAAAUCACAUAACAUUAAAUGAACUUACUUCACAGAGAAAAAUAUGAAAUGUACUUAAUAUAGGAAAUAUACUAAACAACAUGUUUUCAAUGUCUUUAACAGAUAAAAAAUGAAUCCAAUACAACUUGAAAUCAUCAGCAUGGUAAUACAGGAUAUUUCCCAAAUAAAUGGUUUAAUCUUUUUAUGGAGCUACAACAUUUACAUGAGAGAAAUUUGAACACUAUGGGGAUGUUAACCUUAGGAUCAUUAAAGUGAUAACUACAGAAUUGAAAGUGAUAACUGAGCAACUGAUUAGCCAAUGGAAGUUUAAAAGAUACAGUACCAGUCAAAAGUUUGGACACACCGACUCAUUCAAGGGUUUUUAUUUAUUUUUACUAUUUUCUACAUUGUAGAAUAAUAGUGAAGACAUCAAAACUAUGAAAUAACACACAUGGAGUCAUGUAGUAACCACAAAAGUGUUAAACAAAUCAAAAUAUAUUUUAUUUUUUAAUUCUUCAAAUAGCCACCCUUUGCAUUGAUGACAGCUUUGCACACUCUUGGCAUUCUCUCAACCAGCUUCACCUGGAAUGCUUUCCCAACAGCCUGGAAGGCUGAGCACUUGUUGGCUGCUUUUCCUUCACUCUGCGGUCCGACUCAUCCCAAAUCAUCUCAAUUGGGUUGAGGUCAGGGGAUUGUGGAGGCCAGCUCAUCUGAUGCUGCACUCCAUCACUCUCCUUCUUGGUCAAAUAGCCCUUACACAGCCUGGAGAUGUGUUGGGUCAUUGUCCUGUUGAAAAACAAAUGAUAGUCCCACUAAGCCCAAACCAGAUGGGAUGGCGUAUCGCUGUAGAAUGCUGUGGUAGCCAUGCUGAUUAAGUGUGCCUUGAAUUCUAAAUAAAUCACAGACGGUGUCACCAAAGCACCCCCACACCAUCACACCUCCUCCUCCAUGCUAUACGGUGGGAAAUACACAUGCGGAAAUCAUCUGUUCACCAACACCGCGUCUCACAAAGACACGGCAGUUGGAACCAAAAAUCUCAAAUUUGGACUCGAGACCAAAGGUAUUUUAACUUAAGUACUUUACAAUAAUAUUUUUACUUAAAUAUAUUAUAAAUAAAUACUUUUUUUUUUUAUUGCACGAUGAACAAAGCCCUAUUGUCUAAAUUAUUGUCUAUUAUUAUCUUAUCUGUAUUAUUUUACAAGAUAAGAUUUCAUAAGAUAGGAUUGAUUAUAAAAAAGUAUUUAUAUCAUAAGAACCAAACAGUCCAAACAUCAGACUAAAGCCUCAGCUGAACUUGAUGUGCAAUCUGAGAAAAACAAAGCAUGCAUGCGUGUGACACUGUCUGUCAAGUGGUAUUAACACAGAUCUGUCUAUCAGACAGUGCCAGAGGUAAUCAAUAGAUAUUCACAUUCACUCACACACUUCAGCUAUCUUAGAUGACAGCACACACACCCUGCUGUUUUGACAUUCAAAAAAUGGUCUAGAGUUGGGUGGAGAUAAAACAUUGUUACACAGAGAACAAAAUAUUACAUUUUGAAGGUCACUACUAAGGACAUGGACUAAAGACUCAUUACUUAAUUACUGUAUUUCAUUCAUAAAUCACUUUUCACAAUCCCCAAAAUGUAACAUUGGUAUUUAAAAUAAAUUGUUGUGAUAGAAUGAAAGCGUACCAGAACGCGCUUCAGUAGUUGAAUUAAAGGCAAAUUAGCCACAUACCAUACUGCAGGCAAAAAUCUGGCACAAACGCAUUAAAAAACAAACUAAAAGUCAAUUUAACAGAGCUAUAAGUAGUGCCUUAAAAGCAUAUUAGCAUUAGAAUGAGACACUCAUGGCUCAUCCAUCGAUUGAUCUAUUAAUUGACAGGAACACAUCAGCCGGAGGGCUGUGCUUCCUCCUGUCUCUUCUCACACUACAUACAAGAGCAGAUACUCAUCCACUAUUGUUCAGUGGAAAAAAGACCUGCUCGCAACAGUCUUACUGAGGGGGAUUCUGUUCCUGGCAGCUGAUACACUGUGGUCUGUAGGAAUUCCCAUGCUGGGGCACAGAGGGAACGUUGAUAUCAAACACAUAAUAGGACUUGAAGCACACAUCCAGUGCCCCAAGCAGUGUACCUUGCUCCAAUGCCUGUCCACUAAUGACUGUAAACACCUGUGAGCAGUCCCCAAGAGCCAACACAAAUAGGUAGGGUCUGGUCACCUCCGCCUGGUGCAGGUACUCAACCAUGUUGGUCCCAACCUGUUAAAGAAAUCAUUUGAUUUUAGAAUAUGAGGACUUGUCCAGAGCAUGGAGGCACACUGACAAUGCCAUCACACACAAUUUAUUUGGCAUAUUUUAUAGCCAUUUACAUCCAUCAACCUGUUUGAGGCCUACAUCUUCUGUUCAUUUACACAACACUGACCACGUUUCAGCCAUUUCAUGAGGAUUCUUUACCUAACGCAUGAAAAAAGUCAAAACUUAGCUGAUGGAAACAUGACAUGCCGGUACAAUUGAAUAAAUUCCUACAGACAAUUUGUUCGUUCGACAUGGUGGGAUCUUUUUGCCUUUAAAAUUAAUUAUGCGACAAAUGGCGGUGGAAACUCCUUUAUGCGCAAGUAAUGAUAUAAUAACCAUCAUAUCGAAGUAAACUUGGAAUCACGCAAUGAUUUUGUUGUGUGAUCCUCCCACUACGACUCGGGGGAAAGGAUGCCGUUUAUUAGGCUACAGAUUAAAUAACUUUUCACAGGGUGGUGAAAGUACAAGGUGAUGAGCUUGAUGCUCUUUUCCAAUAAAUAUCGAAGGUCUUAUUCUGGUGAAAUGAUGAUUGAUGCUUGGCUGCCGUUUGACAAAUACAAAUAAUCCUGCUAUUAUCCAUAAUAAUCUCAUGAUGUAGAUCGCCUACCCCCGCUGUAUCUGCCAGCUGUUUGCUAGAGUGCAUGUGCCAAGACCAGAGGGGGGACAUUUGCUUUCGUAACGCAACAGUUCAUCACAACACUAGCAGUAGAUGGAUGGAAACCCAUUUAACUUAUUGUUUUUAUUCGGGAAUUUAACUGCAAAAGUUAUUUUUAUGUGCACUACGUCAUCACGCACAGCCUUUUAUCCGCAAAAAGUCAGUUUGCUAGAAACAUCUCCGGUAUUGUUUUAUGCAGAAUUUAAAUCUGUUGCAAAUAGAAUGGAAACCUACUUAAUUUCUUGAAGUGUGCAGUUAUGCAUAACAGAUUUUGGAAUGCUGUUCCUUUCAUUCAAGGUUUACAAAUACCUUCAUCUAAUUUCCCCAUCAACCUUAUGCCUAUCCACUAUUUAAACUUACAGGCUGCAAGUCAGUGAAGCUCUUUCUGGUCUCAUUGAAGCUGGGUCAGAACGUCUUCCUGCCCAUCUUGUAGACUGGUGUUGGGAGGACCACUGGCAGAAGUCUUAAAGCGAUGUCACCUGGUGUAUCUGGAUAGAAGAAUGUUUAGUGAAUAACUUGAUUGUUUCAGGCUAAAAAAAUGAAUGAGCAUCUGAGGCACCAUCAGCAGGGUCAUUUCAAACUAUACCUGCACUUCCAGGAGAAGACCAUGGGCCUGCUUCUCUCUGGGCUGGCGAAGCGAAGUUUUUUGUCCUUGAAGACCGCGAUCCAGUUAUUAGUGAGUUUCCACAAGCAGUCCGGGUUUAAAACGGAGAAGUCCUGAGCAAUCUGUAGUAAAGCAGACAAACAAUUACUUUUCCAUUGCAGUGAAUCGUUAGUCUGGCUAACGCCUAACCUGACCUCAGUCUGGAAAGGCCCUUUGAUGCUGUCGACACAAUGGGGGCAGUGCUAUUACUGGUUGGCUCUCCUCUGUGUCUUUCUCACUCAAACAUCCCCUGAGCCAGGCCCUCUUCUAUUACAAUGGUUGGAUUUUCAAAUGAGAGGUCUCAACCCCGAGACAAUAUCUAUGUGUUGCUCAGUCUGGCAGUAACCCAGAACUAUCAGAGGCAGAGGAUCUCUCUUUCGGCUGCUGCUGACAACAGCUGCAUGUAAAUUGUUUUUCUACAUCAUAAUAAUGAUAUGGCUGCAUAGCAUUUUGUCUUCAUCGUGGCAGAUUAACUCGUGCUUAUUUCUGCAGAUUAACUCAUGUUUGUUUCUGCAGAUUAACUCCUGCUUAUUUCUGCAGAUUAACUCCUGUUUGUUUCUGCAAAUUAACUCAUUAAUUGCUGCAGAUUAACUCCUGUUCAUUUCUGUAGAUUAAUUGAUGUUAAUUAAUGCAGAUUAACUCAUGUUUAUUUCUGCAGAUUAACUCAUGUUUAUUUCUGCAGAUUAACUCCUGUUUAUUUAUGCAGAUUAACUCAUGUUUAUUUAUGCAGAUUAACUCCUGUUUAUUUCUGCAGAUUAACUCCUGUUUAUUUCUGCAGAUUAACUUCUGUUUAUUUCUGCUGAUUAACUCCUGUUUAUUUCUGCAGAUUAACACGUUUAUUUCUGCAGAUUAACUCCUGUUAAUUUCUGUAGAUUAAUUGAUGUUAAUGAAUGCAGAUUAACUCAUGUUUAUUUCUGCAGAUUAACUCAUGUUUAUUUCUGCAGAUUAACUCAUGUUUAUUUAUGCAGAUUAACACAUUUAUUUCUGCAGAUUAACUCCUGUUUAUUUCUGCAGAUUAAUACAUGUUUAUUUCUGCAGAUUAACUAAUGUUAAUUGCUGCAUAUUAACUCCUGUUUAUUUCCGCAGAUUAACUCCUGUUUAUUUUUGCAGAUUAACACGUUUAUUUAUGCAGAUUAACUCAUGUUUAUUUCUGCAGAUUAACUCCUUUUUAUUAUUGCAGAUUAACUCCUGUUUAUUUCUGCAGAUUAACUCCUGUUUAUUUCUGCAGAUUAACACAUUUAUUUCUGCAGAUUAACUCCUGUUUAUUUCUGCAGAUUAACUCCUGUUUAUUUAUGCAGAUUAACUCCUGUUUAUUUCCGCAGAUUAACUCCUGUUUAUUUCUGCAGAUUAACUCCUGUUUAUUUCUGCAGAUUAACACGUUUAUUUCUGCAGAUCAACUCAUGUUUAUUUCUGCAGAUUAACUCAUGUUUAUUUCUGCAGAUUAACUCAGGUUUUAGCUAAUUUUUUCUUCUCCUCUGGAAGACAACAACCCAUACGGUACUGGCGGCAGGUAGCCCAGUAGCUAAGGAGUUAGACCUGAGGCAGGAGUUCGACCUGAGGCAGGAGUUGGACCUGAGGCAGGAGUUAGACCUGAGGCAGGAGUUGGACCUGAGGCAGGAGUUAGACCUGAGGCAGGAGUUGGACCUGAGGCAGGAGUUAGACCUGAGGCAGGAGUUGGACCUGAGGCAGGAGUUGGACCUGUGGCAGGAGUUAGACCUGAGGCAGGAGUUGGACCUGUGGCAGGAGUUGGACCUGUGGCAGGAGUUAGACCUGUGGCAGGAGUUCGACCUGUGGCAGGAGUUGGACCUGUGGCAGGAGUUGGACCUUGGGGCCGAAAGGUAGCCGGUUGAAAUCCCAGGGUGGGUGCUGGAAAAAUGGGUAAAAUUGAUCCGGCAACUGGAGGACUGCUGGGUUCACAUCUUCAAAACAUUCCCUUAUUGGUGUACCCUUGGGCAAGGCCCUUAACCCCACAACAUGUUCUCCAUCCAGCGGCGCAGCUUGAACGUGUGCUCAACAGAUGCACAAUUAUCAUAUCCCCAAGACAUGCUAACCUCUCACCAUUAUUUACCAUUCAUUUAUAUUGGGAACAAAAUGAUCUGAAACACAACCAAAACAAACAGCAAAUUCAUCCAACAAAUGUGUAAGUCACAAGCCUGAUGUAAUCAUUGCGUGGUAUGAAUAUGGGACCAAAUAAUUAACUUUUUACUACUUUAAUUCACAUAAAAGCUGUUAUGUCUAAACUGUUCACCCCAUAUGGAUAAAAAAUGUAAGCUGACGGUCUGCACUUUAACCUCAUAGUCAUUGUUUGAUUUCAAAUCCAAAAAUCCAAAAAUGCUUUACCGUCCCGAUAAUUACGGAGUUCCACAUAGUUGCCCCUGGGCCUGUUUGAUGAGAUCAGAUCUCAACAUUGUACGGACCUAAAAAGUUAAAAUCAAACCCCCCUCCUCGAACCCCAAUGACUCCCCAUACCUCUGCAAAUUCCCCCAGGCGGUUCACCAGUUUACCGUAGGCAUGCUCCAGUGUCAGCCGAGCCUGCACCAGCCCCAACAGCAUAUCUCUGGGGUCAGUACACCCCGCUCACUGCACCAGCCCCAACAGCAUAUCUCUGAGGUCAGUACACCCCGCUCCCUGCACCAGCCCCAACAGCAUAUCUCUGAGGUCAGUAUGCCCCUUCCCCUGCACCAGCCCCAACAGCAUAUCUCUGGGGUCAGUACACACCGUCCCCUGCACCAGCCCCAACAGCAUAUCUCUGGGGUCAGUAUGCCCCGUCCCCUGCACCAGCCCCAACAGCAUAUCUCUGAGGUCAGUACACCCCGCUCCCUGCACUAGCCCCAACACCCUCUCCGAGUUGGGCAUCUCCGGCAGCUCACUCCUGGAUUGAGUCCUACCUGACAGGUCGCACAUACCAAGUGGCGUGGCGAGAAUCUGUCUCCGCACCACGUGCUCUCACCACUGGUGUCCCCCAGGGCUCAGUUCUAGGCCCUCUCCUAUUCUCGCUAUACACCAAGUCACUUGGCUCUGUCAUAUCCUCACAUGGCCUCUCCUAUCAUUGCUACGCAGACAACACAACUAAUCUUCUCCUUUCCCCCUUCUGAUAACCAGGUGGCGAAUCGCAUCUCUGCAUGUCUGGCAGACAUAUCGGUGUGGAUGACGGAUCACCACCUCAAGCUGAACCUCGGCAAGACGGAGCUGCUCUUCCUCCCGGGGAAGGACUGCCCGUUCCAUGAUCUCGCCAUCACGGUUGACAACUCCGUUGUGUCCUCCUCCCAGAGUGCAAAGAGCCUUGGCGUGACACUGGACAACACCCUGUUGUUCUCCGCUAACAUCAAGGCGGUGACCCGAUCCUGUAGGUUCAUGCUCUACAACAUUCGGAGAGUACGACCCUGCCUUACACAGGAAGCGGCACAGGUCCUGAUCCAGGCACUUGUCAUCUCCCGUCAGAUUACUGCAACUCGCUGUUGGCUGGGCUCCCUGCCUGUGCCAUUAAACCCCUACAACUCAUCCAGAAUGCCACAGCCCGUCUGGUGUUCAACCUUCCCAGGUUCUCUCACAUCACCCCGCUCCUCCGCACACUCCACUGGCUUCCAGUUGAAGCUUGCAUCUGCUACAAGACCAUGGUGCUUGCCUACGGAGCUGUGAGGGGAACGGCACUUCCGUACCUCCAGGCUCUGAUCAGUCCCUACACCCAAACGAGGGCAUUGCGUUCAUCCACCUCUGGCCUGCUGGCCCCCCUACCUCUGCAGAAGCACAGUUCCCGCUCAGCCCAGUCAAAACUGUUCGCUGCUCUGGCACCCCAAUGGUGGAACAAGCUCCCUCACGACGCCAGGACAGCGGAGUCACUCACCACCUUCCGGAGACACUUGAAACCCCACCUCUUUAAGGAAUACCUGGGAUAGGAUAAAGUAAUCCUUCUACCCCCCCCCCCCCACCUUGCCCCCCCCCCCCAAAAAAAAAAUAAUAUAUAUAUUGUAAAGUGGUUAUCCCACUGGCUAUAAGGUGAAUGCACCAAUUUGUAAGUCGCUCUGGAUAAGAGCGUCUGCUAAAUGACGUAAAUGUAAAUGUAAAAUAUCUCAGAGGUCAGUAUGCCCCGUCCCCUGCACCAGCCCCAACAGCAUAUCUCUAAGGUCAGUACACCCCGCUCCCUGCACCAGCCCCAACAGCAUAUCUCUGAGGUCAGUACACACCGUCCCCUGCACCAGCCCCAACAGCAUAUCUCUGAGGUCAGUACACCAAGCCCCCUGCACCAGCCCCAACAGCAUAUCUCUGGGGUCAGUACACCAAACCCCCUGCACCAGCCCCAACAGCAUAUCUCUGGGGUCAGUACACCAAACCCCCUGCACCAGCCCCAACAGCAUACAGUGGGGAAAACAAGUAUUUGAUACACUGCCGAUUUUGCAGGUUUUCCUACUUACAAAGCAUGUAGAGGUCUGUAAUUUUUAUUAUAGGUACACUUCAACUGUGAGAGACGGAAUCUAAAACAAAAAUCCAGAAAAUCACAUUGUAUGAUUUUUAAGUAAUUAAUUUGCAUUUUAUUGCAUGACAUAAGUAUUUGAUCACCUACCAACCAGUAAGAAUUCCGGCUCUCACAGACCUGUUAGUUUUUCUUUAAGAAGCCCUCAUGUUCUCCACUCAUUACCUGUAUUAACUGCACCUGUUUGAACUCGUUACCUGUAUAAAAGACACUUGUCCACACACUCAAUCAAACAGACUCCAACCUCUCCACAAUGGCCAAGACCAGAGAGCUGUGUAAGGACAUCAGGGAUACAAUUGUAGACCUGCACAAGGCUGGGAUGGGCUACAGGACAAUAGGCAAGCAGCUUGGUGAGAAGGCAACAACUGUUGGCGCAAUUAUUAGAAAAUGGAAGAAGUUCAAGAUGACGGUCAAUCACCCCCGGUCUGGGGCUCCAUGCAAGAUCUCACCUCGUGGGGCAUCAAUGAUCAUGAGGAAGGUGAGGGAUCAGCCCAGAACUACAUGGUAGGACCCGGUCAAUGACCUGAAGAGAGCUGGGACCACAGUCUCAAAGAAAACCAUUAGUAACACACUACGCUGUCAUGGAUUAAAAUCCUGCAGCGCACGCAAGGUCCCCCUGCUCAAGCCAGCACAUGUCCAGGCCCGUCUGAAGUUUGCCAAUGACCAUCUGGAUGAUCCAGAGGAGGAAUGGGAGAAGGUCAUGUGGUCUGAUGAGACAAAAAUAGAGCUUUUUGGUCUAAACUCCACUCGCCGUGUUUGGAGGAAGAAGAAGGAUGAGUACAACCCCAAGAACACCAUCCCAACCGUGAAGCAUGGAGGUGGAAACAUCAUUCUUUGGGAAUACUUUUCUGCAAAGGGGACAGGACGACUGCACCGUAUUGAGGGGAGGAUGGAUGGGGCCAUGUAUCGUGAGGUCUUGGCCAACAACCUCCUUCCCUCAGUAAGAGCAUUGAAGAUGGGUCGUGGCUGCGUCUUCCAGCAUGACAACGACCCGAAACACACAGCCAGGGCAACUAAGGAGUGGCUCCGUAAGAAGCAUCUCAAGGUCCUGGAGUGGCCUAGCCAGUCUCCAGAACUGAACCCAAUAGAAAAUCUUUGGAGGGAGCUGAAAGUCCGUAUUGCCCAGCGACAGCCCCGAAACCUGAAGGAUCUGGAGAAGGUCUGUAUGGAGGAGUGGGCCAAAAUCCCUGCUGCAGUGUGUGCAAACCUGGUCAAGACCUACAGGAAACGUAUGAUCUCUGUAAUUGCAAACAAAGGUUUCUGUACCAAAUAUUAAGUUCUGCUUUUCUGAUGUGUCAAAUACUUAUGUCAUGCAAUAAAAUGCAAAUGAAUUACUUAAAAAUCAUACAAUGUGAUUUUCUGGAUUUUUGUUUUAGAUUCCGUCUCUCACAGUUAAAGUGUACAUAUGAUAAAAUGUACAGACCUCUACAUGCUUUGUUAGUAGGAAAACCUGCAAAAUUGGCAGUGUAUCAAAUACUUGUUCUCCCCACUGUAUCUCUGGGGUCAGUACACCCUGCUCCCUGCACCAGCCCCAACAGCAUAUCUCUGAGGUCAGUACACACCGUCCCCUGCAACAGCCCCAAAAGCAUAUCUCUGGGGUCAGUACACACCGUCCCCUGCAACAGCCCCAACAGCAUAUCUCUGAGGUCAGUACACCCCGCUCCCUUCACCAGCCCCAACAGCAUAUCUAUUGGUUCAGUAUGCCCCUUCCCCUGCACCAGCCCCAACAGCAUAUCUCUGGGGUCAGUACACACCGUCCCCUGCACCAGCCCCAACAGCAUAUCUCUGGGGUCAGUACAACAAGCCCCCUGUACCAGCCCCAUCAGCAUAUCUCUGGGGUCAGUACAACAAGCCCCCUGCACCAGCCCCAACAGCAUAUCUCUGGGGUCAGUACAACAAACCCCCUGCACCAGCCCCAACAGCAUAUAUCUGAGGUCAGUACAACAAGCCCCCUGCACCAGCCCCAACAGCAUAUCUCUGGGGUCAGUACAACAAACCCCCUGCACCAGCCCCAACAGCAUAUAUCUGAGGUCAGUACAACAAGCCCCCUGCACCAGCCCCAUCAGCAUAUCUCUGGGGUCAGUGUUAUUUUGGUCUUCUCACAAAAACGUCUGCAGCAUCUGAACCGUUUGGCUACAGACCAAUAUGACCCGAUAGUAGAAAGUGGAGACUCUCACGAACAUGAUGGUGUUCUCUGUUUUGCAUCUACGACCCCCACAAGCGUCACGGGACUCGUCUAAAGGUAACCCAUACAAAUGAAUGAAAGUAUGGAGGUAGUUUUGUGCCAACAAAAAUAAGGGGUUAAAUAGGCGUAGAAAUAUAUAUAUACAGUAACAGUCAAAAGUUUGGACACACCUACUCAUUGCAGGGUUUUUCUUUAUUUUUACAAUUUUCUACAUUGUAGAAUAAUAGUGAAGACAUCAAAGCCAUGAAAUAACACAUAUGGAAUCAUGUAGUAAUCAAAAAAGUGUUAAACAAAUCAACAUAUGUUUUAUAUUUGAGAUUCCUCAAAGUAGCCACCCCUUGCCUUGAUGACAGCUUUGCACACUCUUGGCAUUCUCUCAACCAGCUUCAUGAGGUAGUCACCUGGAAUGCAUUUCAGCUAACAGGUGUGCCUUGUUAAAAGUUAAUUUGUGGAAUUUCUUCUUAAUGCGCCGAAUACAACAGGUGCAGACAAUUCCACAAAAAAAUAUACACUCAUCAAAAUAAAGUUAUCUUCUCAGUGUCGAGGCGGUGCGUUAAAUCCCACAUGAAGCUUUAGCGUUCUUAUAGAUGCCACAGAAAGCCAAUGUAACCAUGCCAGCCAUUACUGGGGUGUGUUUCACAGGUCAUUACAAACAUUUAUAGUCAACAAAUAGCUGCCCAGACUAUCCGCAUUGACCCAUAAUAAUAUAAUAUGCCAUUUAGCAGACGCUUUUAUCCAAAGCGACUUACAGUCAUGUGUGCAUACAUUUUUGUGUAUGGGUGGUCCCGGGGAUCAAACCCACUACCUUGGCGUUACAAGCACCAUGCUCUACCAGCUGAGCUACAGAGGACCCAUCUUUUGACCCAUUACAUCCGCUGCUACUACUGUUUAUUAUCUAACCCGUUACAUCGGCUCCAUACUGGUACCCCGUGUAUAUAACUAAGUUAUCAUUACUCAUUGUGGAUUUAUUCCUCGUGUUAUUAUUUGUAUAUUAUUUCAAAAUAUGUAUCUCUGCAUUGUUGGGAAGGGCCCAUAAGUAAGCAUUUCACUGUUAGUCUACACCUGUUGUUUACGAAGCAUGUAGCAGCUACUCUUCCUGGGGUCCAGCAACAUUAAGGCAGUUAUGUACAAUUUAAAAUAUUACAUGGCAUUACAUUUCAUAACACUUUACCCAAUGUAUUUAGUGUGUUCCCUCAGGCCACUACUCCACUAUCACAUAUUUACAAUACAACAUCCGUGUGUACGUGUGUGUAGAGUGCAUGUCUUAUCAUGUGUGUGUGUGUCUCUUCACAGUCCCCGCUGUUCCAUAAGGUGUAUUUAUUAUCUGUUUUUUUAAUCUAAUUCUACUGCUUGCAUCAGUUACCUGAUGUGGAAUAGUGUUCCAUGUAGUCAUGGCUCUAUGUAGUACUGUGCGCCUCCCAUAGUCUGUUCCUGACUUGGGGAGUGUGAAGAGACCUCUGGUGGCAUGUCUUGUGGGGUAUACAUGGGUGUCCGAGCUGUGAUUGUAUGUGACGCAUUACAUUUUAUUUUUAUUUAUUUAUUGAUUUUAUUUAGAUUUUAUUUUAUUUCCGCGGUCGUAACAUUAACGGGAAAAAACUACAGGCACAAGCAAGAGUAUGAAAGAGUCGUAGGAGUAAAAUGAAAGCAAUCAAUCCAGCUAGAUUUAAAUGACAAGUGGAUUUUGCACCCCUCAAACACAGGAAAUAGAUGGCUGAAAAAGACAGAUCCUCAGCUGGGUGGAGCAUGCGCGUUGAGUCUUGAACGAUAAAAUAAUUUCCUCAACCCUGGUGUUCUCCUGCAGCAGCAGUGAUGGUAAACAGAGGUAGGUCAGUGUCAUCCGUGGUUAAACGGCCAAGUCUCUGAUGGCUCUCUGAUGGCUCUCUGAUGGCUCUCUGAUGGCUCUCUGAAGGCUCUCUGAUGGCUCUCUGAUGGCUCUCUGAUGGCUCUCUGAUGGCUCUCUGAUGGCUCUCUGAUGGCUCUCUGAAGGCGCCCGGAAGUCCCAUCCACCUCCUGCUUUAUGAAAGAAGCCUCCGUCAUGUUUACAUUUACAUUUUAGUCAUUUAGCAGACGCUCUUAUCCAGAGCGACUUACAGUUAGUGAAUACAUUUUUUUUUUUUUUUUUUUUUUUAUACUGGCCCCCCGUGGGAAUCGAACCCACAACCCUGGCGUUGCAAACGCCAUGCUCUAUCAACAUCCCUGCCGGCCAUUCCCUCCCUUACCCUGGACGACGCUGGGCCAAUUGUGCGCCGCCCAUGAGUCUCCCGGUCGCGGCCGGCUGCGACAGAGCCUGGAUGUCACUGGUAGAUUUCCUCACUCAGGUCACCAAAGUUAGUGAACCCCGCUGGGCAGGGCAGAGUCAGCGCUCCGGUCUGGAUGAGUGGGUUGCGAAACAGUGGCUCCUCCAUUAUCCAUGCUGGCCAUGAAAUGUUUCUGUGAAGAGUUCGUCUCUUUCCACGCCCGAAGCACAGCACUGUAGACCUGAGUAAUGGCUGACAUAUGGACCUGCUCCAGAUCCAACAGGAACAGAGUAAUGGCUGACAUAUGGACCCUGCUCCAGAUCCAACAGGAACAGAGUAAUGGCUGACAUAUGGACCUGCUCCAGAUCCAACAGGAACAGAGUAAUGGCUGACAUAUGGACCUGCUCCAGAUCCAACAGGAACAGAGUAAUGGCUGACAUAUGGACCUGCUCCAGAUCCAACAGGAACGGAGUAAUGGCUGACAUAUGGACCCUGCUCCAGAUCCAACAGGAACAGAGUAAUGGCUGACAUAUGGACCCUGCUCCAGAUCCAACAGGAACAGAGUAAUGGCUGACAUAUGGACCCUGCUCCAGAUCCAACAAGAACAAGUGCCUGUCGUACCCAAGGUCCUCCUGCUCUCCUCAGAACAGCCCAAGCAGUGUCUCUCCAGCACACCCCCUUGCUGGUACAGAAGUCUCUGUGCAGCUUGUAGACAGAAAGCUGCGACUGGACCCAAUGUCCACCAGCCCUUGUCCCCCCUCAUGCAAAUGGAGGUGUAACACCGCUGCACAUGUCCGGUGUUGACCAAAACAAGUCCACGAGUCAUUUUUGCAGUUGUAGCCCAGUUGGUAGAGCGUGGCGCUUGCAACGCCAGGGUUGUGGGUUUGAUUCCCACGGGGGGCCAGUAUGAAAAUGUAUGCACUCACUAACUGUAAGUCGCUCUGGAUAAGAGCGUCUGCUAAAUGACUAAAAUGUAAAUGUAAAAAUGAGACUCUGUGGGGGGUCCAACACCAUCAGCCUGUCCCAGAGCAGUUGUUAGUUACCAGGUCCCUUCCCCUGAAAGACACCAGUGGCAACAACCACCGCCAUUUAGACAACUUAGCCGCGGGCCCCUUGUCCACCAGCACCUUCCAGUUUUUCUCCUGAAACUCUGAGGUCUCCAAGAACACCCCUAGGAACUUCAUCCUUACCCUGCCCCACUGUAGCCCCCCAGGAAGGCUAGGGCAUCCUUCUCCGGCCCAUCUCCCCAUAAUAUCCAAUCUGGUCUCAGAAAUUGUUCUGUAUUAUUUCUAUGUUACAUUUCGUAUGGUAUGUAUUCAUUUGUGGAUUGUCCAUCACCCAUUUUCGUAUGAUAUGUUACGAAUUACAAUUCGUAUUUUAUGUUAGGAAUGUGCAAAACGUACAAUAUGUUACGAAUUUGCAAAACGUACAAUAUGUUAUGAAUUUGCGAAACGUACAAUAUGUUAAGAAUUUGCAAAACAUAUGAUAUGUUACGAAUUCUAGCUAGGUGGCUAGGUGACUAACGUUAGCUAGCUGGCUAACCUUAGCCGGUUUAUGGGUUUGGGUAAGGGGUUAAGGUUGGGUUUAAGUUUAGGAGUUAGGUUAAAGGGGUUAAGGUUAUGAUUAGGGGAAGGGUUAUCUAAAAGGGUUAAGGUUAGGGUUAGGGAAAGAGUUAGCUAACAUGCUACAGUUUUUUACAAUCACUUUGGCACUCAUUUCAGAACCUUGACGUCAUUUUUCAAAACUCUAGACACAAAACUCACAACCAAUGAUCAAAAUGCACAUUUUUCAAAACUCUAACACUUUUUUCAAUUGCUUGGAUACAAUACACAUAAAACUAAGAUCAUUUGAUAAUUUAACAAAAAUCACCUGUUCAAUAUGACCCAACUUAACAUCAAAGUACUACUAUUUCAAAAGGCAAUUCACACAUUACAUUUCAGAUGAGUGUCUAUUCAUUUCAUUACAAUUAUCCAACUAUCAAUUGAUACAACUGCUCAAAAUGAUAAGUAACUGUUGCAUUACUCUUAAUCAAAUCAAAUCAAAUCAAAUUUGAUUGGUCACAUGCGCCGAAUACAACAGGUGCAGACAUUACAGUGAAAUGCUUACUUACAGCCCUUAACCAACAGUGCAUUUACAAAUAAAACAACAACAAAAAAAGUGUUGAGAAAAAAAAAGAGCAGAAGUAAAAUAAAAUAACAGUAGGGAGGCUAUAUAUACAGGGGGGUACCGGUGCAGAGUCAAUGUGCGGGGGCACCGGCUAGUUGAGGUAGUUGAAGUAAUAUGUACAUGUGGGUAGAGUUAAAGUGACUAUGCAUAAAUAAUUAACAGAGUAGCACCAGCGUAAAAAGGAUGGGGUGGGGGGGCAGUGCAAAUAGUCCGGGUAGCCAUGAUUAGCUGUUCAGGAGUCUUAUGGCUUGGGGGUAGAAGCUGUUGAGAAGUCUUUUGGACCUAGACUUGGCACUCCGGUACCGCUUGCCGUGCGGUAGCAGAGAGAACAGUCUAUGACUAGGGUGGCUGGAGUCUUUUACAAUUUUGAGGGCCUUCCUCUGACACCGCCUGGUAUAGAGGUCCUGGAUGGCAGGAAGCUUGGCCCCAGUGAUGUACUGGGCCGUACGCACUACUCUCUGUAGUGCCUUGCGGUCGGAGGCCAAGCAGUUGCCAUACCAGGCGGUGAUAAAACCAGUCAGGAUGCUCUCGAUGGUGCAGCUGUAUAAUUUUUUGAGGAUCUGAGGACCCAUGCCAAAUCUUUUCAGUCUCCUGAGGGGGAAUAGGCUUUGUCGUGCCCUCUUCACGACUGUCUUCGUGUGUUUGGACCAUGAUAGUUCGUUGGUGAUGUGGACACCAAGGAACUUGAAGCUCUCAACCUGUUCCACUACAGCCCCGUCGAUGAGAAUGGGGGCGUGCUCAGUCCUCUUUUUUUUCCUGUAGUCCACAAUCAUCUCCUUUGUCUUGGUCACGUUGAGGGAGAGGUUGUUGUCCUGGCACCACACGGCCAGGUCUCUGACCUCCUCCCUAUAGGCUGUCUCAUCGUUGUUGGUGAUCAGGCCUACCACUGUUGUGUCGUCGGCAAACUUAAUGAUGGUGUUGGAGUCGUGCCUGGCCAUGCAGUCAUGGGUGAACAGAGAGUACAGGAGGGGACUGAGCACGCACCCCUGAGGGGCCCCCGUGUUGAGGAUCAGUGUGGCAGAUGUGUUUGUUUGUCUGUUCUAUGGAAACAGACAAACAAUAUUCCAUGUUUAGAUCAUAAAAGUUUCAAGAUAACAAGAUUCAUUGUCACCAAUUAGCGUGGAGCAUUUAUUAGACUACAUUAUCUAUGGAUGUAAUAUUUCAUCAUCAUUCUUUAUCAGACACUGUUUCUAUGGUCCUAUGUACCACCUUUUCAGACUAUUUACAGUAUUGACAGUACUGCACUGUAUGGAUGCAGGCCCUUGUAAUUGCUUGUCCAAUUCUGCCAACUCGUUACUGAUGAUUGAGUUCACAUUGUGGAACGAGUAUAUAAAGAAUUGAUUGGGAUCCACUUGCAACAACAUAGCGAUACGUACUGUAACAUGGAGCCAGCAGGUGAUCCAGGUCACAAUAGAGGUCAAGCAGUGAUGGGAGGAAGACGAGGAAGACGUGUUGGUCAAAGGAAUGGCAGGGGACAAGCACCCCUUCUGAGAGGUGGUCGUGGGCCUUGUUUGAGAGGUGUGGGGGAAUGUGGUAGAGGACAAGGCCACGGACCAAGACAGCGGCAGCAACAGCAAAGAGUGUCCAAUGAAAUCUGAGCAAUAGUUGUAGACCAUGUCAUAAAUCAUGGCAUGACAAUGACUGAGGCGGCCACAAUGAUACAACCAAACCUCAGAAGGUCAACCGUGUCCUCAAUAAUCAGAACUUUCCGCAAUGAGAACUGGUAAGUCGUCAGCAUGCACUAAACAUUAUGCUACUCUCAAUUGUGAAAUGACUGCAUACCAAUGUGUAUCACAGAGUAGGUGAUGUGACCAAGUGUCUUCUUACUGUAAUGUUCCCUGUAGAAUUGAAACUAGGCCAAAUAGGGGAGGCAGAGGCAAAAUUCUGACUGACCAACAAGAGCAGGCUGUGGUCGAUUUGGUUCGGGCCAGAAAUGAUAUUAGCCUUACAGAAAUUUGCCAGCAUAUCUUGGACAAUGAAGACAUGUUUAACAAUGUGGAAUCCAUAAGUUUGCCGACUAUUGCACGCAUGCUGAAAAGGCACCAGGUGUCUUUAAAACAACUAUACCGUGUGCCUUUUGAAAGAAAUGCAGACAGUGAAGCAAAUGAGGACUGAGUAUGUUCAGGUAUGUUCAGUUUCAAGAUGGCUGUUGUAAUAAAAUUCCCUAAUAAUUCUACAUUGUACAGUAAUCAGUAAAUCUCUUUCCAAAAUGUAUUUUUAGAGAGUGAUGGAGCUAGAUGCUGAUGACAACCAUCACAAAUUCAUAUAUUUGGAUGAGGCAGGCUUUAACCUGGCCAAGACAAGGAGGAGAAGUCGGAAUUUCAUUGGCCAGCGGGCAACCAUCCAAGUACCUGGACAAUGUGGGGCCAACAUUACCAUGUGUGUGGCUAUAUCAGAAGAUGGUGUGGUGGGACACAGACCUCGUAUUGGAUCAUAUAAUGCAUCUCUCCUUGUAACCUUCCUUGAUGAGCUCGAUGAGGUCUGUAGAGCCGAUGGCGUGACCUAUGUCAUUGUGUGGGAUAAUGUCAGGUUCCACCAUGCUCAUAUGGUGCAAGCAUGGUUUCAGGCCCAUGCGCAAUUCACCACCCUGGAUUUACCCCCAUACUCUCCUUUCCUUAACCCGAUUUGAGGAAUUUUUCUCCACAUGGAGAUGGAAGGUUUAUGAUAGGCGCCCUAAUGAACAAGUCACACUUCUCCAGGCCAUGGAUGAUGCAUGCAAUGACAUCACGGCAGACCAGUGUCAGGCCUGGAUUCGCCAUGCCCGAAGGUUUUUUCCAAGAUGUUUGGCUGAUGAAAACAUCCAUUGUGAUGUAGAUGAGAACCUGUGGCCAAAACCACAAGACAGAGUUGAUGGACAUGUAGAAGUACAGUAAUCACUCCUAGGUUUUUCUUUUUACAGUACAAGCAAGCAAGUUGAGGAACACUGCAUUUGAUGUUUUACAGUACUGUAUCGUUUUUCAUCAAUAUAUUUCAGAUUUUGUUCAAUGAUUCCACUGUGUCUGUAGUAUUCUCUCUACUACAGCAGUACUACUACUACAGUGAAACUAUCGGUUGCUUGUGUGUGGGUGAUCUAAAUUAAAGUUUCAUUGGUAUUUCACAAUACAUUUGUUUUUUGAACCAAUGAUUGUGCAAGUGCAAGAUUUCUUUAAAGAUAUGAAUGCACAAUGCAAUGUUAUGAACAUUGGACAGCCUGUGUUACAAGUGAUGACCGUUUUGAGUUUUGUGUCUAGAGUUUUGAAAAAUGACGUCAAGGUUCUGAAAUUAGUGCCAAAGUGAUUGUAAAAAACUGUAAGUAGUUUAAAAGUAGCUAAUUAGCUGCAGCAUUAACCAACCCUGAGAAGGACAGUGAUAGGAUAGGAUAGGAUAGGAUAGGAGAGGAGAGGAGAGGAGAGGAGAGGAGAGGAGAGGAGAGGAGAGGAGAGGAGAGGAGAGGAGAGGAGAGGAGAGGAGAGGAGAGGAGAGGAGAGGAGAGGAGAGGAGAGGAGAGGAGAGGAGGAGGGUGGUUGCCACACUGUCCUUCUCUUGGACGAAAGAAACAGAGAGAGAAUUUGUAUUUGAGAGAGAAACAGAGAGAGAAACGGAAAGAGAAACAGAGAGAGAAGCAGAGCCAAGGACACAGCACCAUGGAAUGUUCUAUUACCUGUGUGUGUGUGUGUGUGUGUGUGUGUGUGUGUGUGUGUGUGUGUGUGUGUGUGUGUGUGUGUGUGUGUGUGUGGCGUGCGUGCAUGCGUGUGUCUGUGCGUGCGUGCGUGUCUGUGUGUGCGUGCGUGCGUGUGUGUGUCCGUGCGUGCGUGUGUGUGUGUCCGUGCGUGCGUGUGUGUGUCCAUGCGUGCAUGUGUGUGUGUCUGUGCGUGCGUGUGUGUGGUCCGUGCGUGUGUGUGUGUGUCCGUGCGUGUGUGUGUCCGUGCGUGUGUAUCAGACAGAAAUAAGUUACCAGUUAGUCUCAGAUCUUUCUAUGCUGCUUUUAGCUGUGUAACGCCGUCUGUAUGGCAGUUUAACGCCGUCUGUAUGGCAGUAUAACGCCGUCUGUAUGGCAGUAUAACGCCGUCUGUAUGGCAGUAUAACGCUGUCUGUAUGGCAGUAUAACGCCGUCUGUAUGGCAGUAUAACGCCGUCUGUAUGGCAGUAUAACGCCGUCUGUAUGGCAGUAUAAACGCCGUCUGUAUGGCAGUAUAACGCCGUCUGUAUGGCAGUAUAUCGCCAUCUGUAUGGCAGUAUAACGCCGUCUGUAUGGCAGUAUAACGCCGUCUGUAUGGCAGUAUAACGCCGUCUGUAUGGCAGUAUAACGCCGUCUGUAUGGCAGUAUAACGCCGUCUGUAUGGCAGUAUAACGCCGUCUGUAUGGCAGUAUAACACCGUCUGUAUGGCAGUAUAACACCGUCUGUAUGGCAGUAUAACGCCGUCUGUAUGAUAGUAUAACGCCGUCUGUAUGCAGUAUAACGCCGUCUGUAUGGCAGUAUAACGCCGUCUGUAUGAUAGUAUAACGCCGUCUGUAUGGCAGUAUAACACCGUCUGUAUGGCAGUAUAACGCUGUCUGUAUGGCAGUAUAACACCGUCUGUAUGCAGUAUGACGCCGUCUGUAUGGCAGUAUAACCAUGUGUACGUCCCAAAUGUCGCUCUGGAUAAGAGCGUCUGCUAAAUGACUAAAAUGUAAAUGUCAAAAUGAGACUCUGUGGGGGGUCCAACACCAUCAGCCUGUCCCAGAGCAGUUGUUAGUUACCAGGUCGCUUCCCCUGAAAGACACCAGUGGCAACAACCACCGCCAUUUAGACAACUUAGCCGCCGGCCCCUUGUCCACCAGCACCUUCCAGUUUUUCUCCUGAAACUCUGAGGUCUCCAAGAACACCCCUAGGAACUUCAUCCUUACCCUGCCCCACUGUAGCCCCCCAGGAAGGCUAGGACAUCCUUCUCCGGCCCAUCUCCCCAUAAUAUCCAAUCUGGUCUCAGAAAUUGUUCUGUAUUAUUUCUAUGUUACAUUUCGUAUGGUAUGUAUUCAUUUGUGGAUUGUCCAUCACCCAUUUUCGUAUGAUAUGUUACGAAUUACAAUUCGUAUUAUAUGUUAGGAAUGUGCAAAACGUACAAUAUGUUAUGAAUUUGCAAACGUACAAUAUGUUACGAAUUUGCAAAACGUACAAUAUGUUAUGAAUUUGCGAAACAUACAAUAUGUUAAGAAUUUGCAAAACGUAUGAUAUGUUACGAAUUCUAGCUAGGUGGCUAGGUGACUAACGUUAGGUAGCUGGCUAACCUUAGCCGGUUUAUGGGUUUGGGUAAGGGGUUAAGGUUGGGUUUAAGUUUAGGAGUUAGGUUAAAGGGGUUAAGGUUAGGAUUAGGGGAAGGGUUAUCUAAAAGGGUUAAGGUUAGGGUUAGGGAAAGAGUUAGCUAACAUGCUAAGUAGUUUAAAAGUAAGCUUAAAAAGUUACUCAGUAGGUUGAAAGGUAGCUUAAUUAGCCUUGCCAGCAUUUUAACCAACCCUGAGAAGGAACAUGAUAGGAUAGGAUAGGAUAGGAUAGGGGGGGGGUUAGGGAUAGGAUUAGGAGAGGAAGAGGGAGGGAGAGGAGAGGAGGGAGAGGAGAGGAAGAGGACGAGGAGAGGAUGGGAUGAGGGAGAGGAGGAGGAGAGGAGAGGAGCGGAGGGAGAGGAGGAGGAGGAGGGGAGGAGAGGAGAGCGAAGGAGAGGAGAGGAGAAGGAGAGGAGAGGAGGAGGGUGGUUGCCACACUGUCCUUCUCUUGGACGGAACGAAAGAAACAGAGAGAGAAUUUGUAUUUGAGAGAGAAAAACAGAGAGAGAUAAACGGAAAGAGAAAAGAGAGAGAAACAGAGCAAGGACACAGCACCAUGGGAAUGUUCUAAUAACCUGUGUGUGGUAGGGGGUGGGGGUGUGGUGGGGGGUGAGGCGUGCAGGGGUAGGCGAGGCGGGAGUGGGGGGGUGAGGAGUGUGUGGGGGGGUAGUGGGGUGCGUGGGUGUGGGGUGUCGUGCGGGGUGGUGUGGUGGGUGGGGUGGCGUGUGGUGUCCGGCAUGCGAUCAGAAAAGAAAAAGUAGUUAGGUCUCAGAUUUCUAUGCUGCUUUAGCGUGAAACGCCGUCUGAUGGCAGUAUAACGCCGUCGUAUGGCAGUUAACGGCGUGUAGGCAGUAUAAAGCCGCUGAUGGCAGUAUAACGCGUCGGAUGGCAGUAUAACGCGUGUAUGGAGUAUAUACCGUCUUUAGGGCAUUUAAACACGUCAGUAUGGCAGAAAGCGUCUGUAGGGAGUAAAACGGUCUGUAUGGAAGUUAAACCCCUUUGUAUGGCAGUAUAACGCCGUUGUAGGCAGUAUAACGCCGUCUGUUGGCAGUAUAACGCGUCUGUUGGCAGUUAAGUUUGUCUGUAUGGCAGUUUAACGCUGUCGGUAUGGGCAGUUAACGCGUCUGUAUGGAGUUUAACACCGUCUGUAUGGAAAGUAUACGCCGUCUGUAUGGCAGGUUUAAGCCGUCUGUAUGGCGUAUAAGCCGUUGGUAUGGCAGUAUAACGCCAUUGUAUGGCAGGUAUAACGCUGUCUGUAUGGCAGUAUAGCUGUGUCUGUAUGGCAGUAUAAGCCGUUGUUAGGCAGUAGUAAACGCCGUCUGUAGCAGUAUAACGCCGUCUGUAUGGCAGUAUAAAGCCGUCGUAUGGAAAUUAUAACGCCGUCUGUUAUGGCAUUUAUAACGCUGUCUGUAUGGCAGUUAUAACGUGUCUGUAUGGCAGUUAUAACGCCGUCUGUAUGGCAGUAUAACCCCGUCUGUAUGGCAGUAUAACGCCGUCUGUAUGCAGUAUAAACGCGUCUGUAUGGCAGUAUUAUAACGCCGUAUGUAUGGCAGGAUCUUAUAACGCCGUUAUGUAUGGCAGUAUAACGCUGUUCUGUAUGGCAGCUAUAACGCCGUCUGUAUGGCAGUAUAACGCCUGUCUGUAUGGCAGUAUAACGCGGUCUGUAUGGCAGUAUAACGCCGGUCUGUAUGGCCAGUAUAACACCGGUCGUAUGGGCAGUAUAACGCUUGUCUGUAUGGCAGUAUAACACCGUUCUGAUUAUGGCCAGUAUAACGCCUGUCGGUAUGGCAGUAUAACACAGCUGUCUGUAUGGCAGUAUAAACGCCGUCUGUAUGGCAAGUUAUAACACCGUCUGUAUGGCAUAUAACGCGUCUGUAUGGCACAGUAUUACGCCGUCUGUAUGGCAGUUAUAACGCCGUCUGUAUGGCAGUUAUAACGCCCGUCUGUAUGGCAGUAUAACGCUGUCUGUAUGGCAGUAUAACCAUGUGUCCGUCCCAAAUGGCACCCUGUUCCCCAUACUGUAUAAUGCACUACUUUAGACCAGAGCCCUAUGAACCACGGUAAAGUAGUGAACUGUAAAUAAAUUUUAAAAUGUGGGUUGCAGCCCAUGACAUAUCUGCUAUGGUUUAGAACUAUGGGACUAUAAUGAAUGGAAUGGAUAUUCUGUCUCUAAGGUCAAAUUAAACAACUAGGUUAUAUUCUGUUGAGUAACUAAACACCAUUUCAGGAGGGGAGGUUAUUUCUAUGACUGGUGCGUAGCAACUCAGGCCCAUGCACUCAGAUGGGUUUUAUUUCAUUUAUGACCUACAACAUUUGACCCUCAUUAACACGGAAAAGGCAAUACGGACACUAUUGCUGAGCGAUUAGUGCUUUUCGAGGUCAGUUCGGUUUCGAUUUGAUUAUUAAAAAAUAAUCAUGGUUCUCGAUUUCGGUUUUUAUUUUGAUGACUAUUUUUUUAUUCCUUAAAGUCAUCAUCUCAUCUCCGCUCAGGAAGCAGCAGCCAGACAGCGCCAUCCCAUGUCCUGUCUCUAGUCAUCCUAUUUAGCUAGCCUGCCUGAGUACGCUGCAGAGCUGCAGAGCAGUCCGACUAAAUCACUUUACUCCAUUGUAGUUUAUUACCACGUUUCUGUGCUGAACAAAGGUGGAACAUUUGCUUAAUGAAAACUACAACUCCCUUCAUCCCAAUGUCCCACAUAGUUCUUGACUUGAUUUCUCUCUACAGAAACGGCAUGUUGGGCUCACCAACAAAAAAGAACUAAAUGGAAUUCAAGUAACUGAACUGACAUCAGUCAAUUAGUUGUUUAAUAACCCCCACCCCCCCAAAAAAUUAAAUAAAAAUAAGAAUUGGUUAAAAUUAGGUUAGGUUAAGGUUAAGGUUAAGGUUAAGGUUAGGGUUAGGGUUAGGGUUAGGGUUAGGGUCAACGUUAAGGGUUUGGUUAAGGUUAGGGUUAAAGUAAGGUUCCGUUUUAGAUUUUGGCUUGUCGUUUUGCAGGUCAGCAGUGUCCUUACCAUCACUCCCCAUUAACACAGACACAGAUAUUUCUGGGGGACGUAUUUGGUUGUAAGACCUCAAGAGGAAUGAGAAAGUGAGGUGAACCAGAUCAUCCUAUGAUUCUCCUUGAAGAAACCUUUUAAAAAUAACUAAUGGAUUGGGGGGGACUACUCCCAGACCGAGGAAAGAAGAACAAGGAAGACACAGAAGAAGACGAAGAAUAAUGAGAGACGAGAGAUAAUGCGAAUUAGCACUAAAGAGGAGAGAGUAGCGCGGAGGAGAUAGAUAGAGAUAGAGAUAUGAAGGAGGAGAGUGGGAGAGGCUAGACGAGAGCGGGAGAAGAGAGCGAAUUUAUGAGAGUAUAUCUAUAGUAUCUCUACUAUCUCUCUCUCUCUCUCUCUCUUCUCUAUAUCUGUCUCUCUCUCUUCUUAUCUCUCUCGUCUCUCUCUCUCUCUCUCUCGCUCUCUCUCUCUCUCUCUAGCUCUCUUCUCUCUCCUCUAUCUCUCUGCAUACACAGGACCCCCCCAAAGAGACUCAGAGGGCCGAAGCAUCCAUCACACAGUGCUCAAAAUAAUCAGCUGAAAAGGAAGAGUAACACUUGAUAUUAAAAGAGUAGUUCACUAUUUUACAACGUAAUGUUAGAUGGUACCUCAACCUGAAAAAUAGUCUAUCGGCCAGUUUUCUUUAAACAGCCAUUACAAACUUCAGCAAACUUUAGCCACCGCUAGCUAAACAUCUUUGGAAGUGAAGGGGGCAUGUGAUGACUGUAAGUCAUGUGAUCAUAUUUUUAAAAAGAAUGUCCAAGUUACCUGAAAUCAACUCCAUAUUUGGUUUUUAUGUUACUUAAAAAAGGAACAUUCCCCCAUUACUUCCAUUUUAAACUGCCAAUUCACGUUUAAGUAACAUCAAACCAAAUAUGAAGUUGAUUUCAGGUGAUUUGAACAUUAUUUUCUUAAACACGCUCACAUUCUCCAUCACUUCCAUUUUUUUUUUGCUAGCGGUGGCUAAAGUUAGCUGAAGUUUAUAAAUAAUGUACCUAUUAACCAGCUAUAAAGGAGAUAUUGUCAACUCAUCAGAUUAUUUACAAGGUUAAUGGUUGAUUAAUAGUUUGACUCACCAUUUACAUUCUCAUAAAUAUAUUUAUAUGUCAUGAAUGGUAUCUUUAUACAUUUUUAAUGAGUGCAUUUAUAACCGUGAGUACACGCACUCACUAAUACCUCAGUUGAUGACUAAUGUAGAUCUGUAUAAACCAUUUACUAAUUAUUAAUAAACUGUUUUGCAGCCCCUAAUCUAAAAUGUGCACUAUAUAUAUAUACACUUUAUAAACGUUUAGAAAUGACUUGUUAGUCCCCCCAAAGCUGGUCACAUUAGUAGACAGUGCCUGAUGCUCCACCAAUAGCUAAACAUAAGGGGGGUGAAUACUGUAUAUUUAUGGUUCUGACAUGACAUGACUUCCGGGCCAAUGUUCCGUCAGAAUCCUUAGAUGCGGUCAAAGCUAACUUAGCUGCCCUGUUGGGCAGCAGUAAUAAUAUAAUAUAAUAUGCCAUUUAGAGAGUUUACAAGCACUAACAGUUGGUGGUGAACAUUUAUGUAUGGGUGGUCCGGACAAACAACUGGAGUCACAAAGUGCAUGUCCCAGCUCAGAGACAGUGAGUGGUUGGAGCAGCAAGUGAGGUGGUUGGAGGACAGUGAGUGUUGGACAGCAGUUGAGUGGUUAGCACUGAGGGUGGUUGUGAGAGCAGUAGGGUGUUGGACAGCAGUGAGGGUGGUUUGAGCAGAGUGAGGUGGAUUGGAGCAGCAGUAAUGAUGUUGGUGGAGAGCAAUGUGAGGGUGGUUGGAGCAGACAAGAUUGAUGUUGGUUGGAGCAUAGCAGUGAGGGUGGUUGGAGCAGCAGUGAUGUGGUUGGAGCAGCAGAUGAGGGUUGGUUGGAGCAGCAGUGAGGGUGGUUGGAAGAGCAGUGAGGGUGGUUGGAAGAGAAGUGAGGGUGGUUUGGAGAAGCAGUGCAGGAGUGGUUGGAGAAAGCUUAGAAGUGAGUGGUGUGGACAGCAAGCAGUGAGGUUGGUUUGGAGCAGCAGUAUGAGUGGUGGUGUGGAGAGCAGCUAGUGAGAGGUUGGUUAGAGCAGCAGAGUAGGAGGGUGGUUGGAGCAGCAAGUGAGGGUGGUUGGAGCAGCAGUGAGGGUGGUUGGAGCAGCAGUGAGGGUGGUUGGAGCAGCAGUGAGGGUGGUUGGACAGCAGUGAGGGUGGUUGGAGCAAGCAUGAGGUGUUGGAGAGCAGUGAGGGUGGGUGGGAGCAGAGAGUGAGGGUGGUUGGAAGUAGCAGAUGAGGGUGGUUGGAGCAGCAGUGGAGUGAGUGGUUGGAGCAGCAGUGAGGGUGGUUGGAGCAGCAGUGAAGAUGAGGGUGGUUGGAGCAGCAGUGGGGUGGUUGGAGCAGCAGUGAGGGUGGUUGAGGCAGAGGGGAGAGCAGUGAGGGUGGUUGGAGCAGCAGUGAGGUUGGGUGGGUGGAGCGCAGUGAGGGUGGAGCACAGUAGUGAGGGUGGUGGUGGAGCGCGAGUGGGGUGGAGUGGUGGUGGAGCAGCAGUGAGGGUGGUUGGAGCAGCAGUGAGGGUGGUUGGAGCAGCAGUGAGGGUGGUUGGAGCAGACAGUGGAGGGUGGUGGAGCGUGAGGUGGUUGGAAGCAGGCAGUGAGGGUGGUUGGAGCAGCAGAGUGUGAGUGAGGUGGUUGGAGCAGCAGUGAGGUGGUUGGAGCAGCAGUGAGGGUGGUUGGAGCAGCAGUGAGGGUGGUUGGAGCAGCAGUGAGUGAGAGUGGGUUGGGAGCAGAGUGACAGGUGUGAGGUUGUUGGGUAGGGUUGGAGCAGCAGUGAGGGUGGUUGGAGAAGCAAGUGAGGGUGGUUGGAGCAGCAGUGAGGGUGGUUGGAGCAGCAGUGAGGGUGGUUGGAGCAGCAGUGAGGGUGGUUGGAGCAGCAGUGAGGGUGGUUGGAGCAGCAGUGAGGGUGGUUGGAGCAGUGAGGGUGGUUGGAGCAGCAGUGAGGGUGGUUGGAGCAGCAGUGAGGGUGGUUGGAAGCGAAGUGAGGGUGGUUGGAGGGUGAGGGUGGUUGAGAGCAGAGGUGUGAGCAUAGCAGUGAGGGUGGGUUGGAGCAGCAGUGAGGUGGUGGGAGAGUGAGGUGGUGGAGAGCAGCAGUGAGGGUGGCAGUGGUGGUUGGAGCAGCAAUGAGGGUGGUUGGAGCAGCAUGAGGGUGGUUGGAGAGUGAGUGUAGGGUGGUUGGAGCAGCAGUGAGGAUGGUUGGAGCAGCAGUGAGGGUGGUUGGAGCAGCAGUGAGGGUGGUUGGAGAGCAGUGAGGGUGGUUGGAGCAGCAGUGAGGGUGGUUGGAGCAGCAGUGAGGGUGGUUGGAGCAGCAGUGUAGCAGUAGGGUUGGAAGAGCAGUGAGGGUGGUUGGAAGCAGCAGUGAGGGUGGUUGGAGCAGCAGUGAGGGUGGUUGGAAGAGCAGUGAGGGUGGUUGGAGCAGCAGUGAGGGUGGUUGGAGCAGCAGUCUGCAGACCAGCGACCAACAACAUAACAUACACACUCGGCACUACAUUAGCAGAUGACGGUGUUGUUGCUUUUUAAUUACCUUUCAUUUCUAUUUCUCUUUUCCGGUUCGUACUUCAUUAAAUGAAAACUUUAAUUGGAGGUUGUGUGUAAAAGCAGUGUCUCAAAUGUCAUAUGUCAGAUUUAUCAUGUGGGAAAAAAUUAAAUAAAUGCAAACUGGAGUUAAAGCAAGAGAGGUGCUCUCAACUCAAAUAUAGACCUGACAAUUAAGGCCAAGACCCAGGCUGCGACUAUAUCCAAGGCCAGUUGUAGCACAGUGCACCACAAGAGACAUUUUAAGGUAAUGUGGGCUUGAGCAGACAUGCGCAGCAAUCUCUGCGAACGUGAAAAUGUCUUGAAAAGCUGCUGUACAGUUACUCCAUUAGGAGGACCGAGGUAGCUCUGUUGUAGACGGUGUUAGCCCACUGAGCUGAAGCCUACAGCUCUGUUGUAGACGGUGUUAGCCCACUGAGCUGAAGCCUACAGCUCUGUUGUAGACGGUGUUAGCCCACUGAGCUGAAGCCUACAGCUCUGUUGUAGACGGUGUUAGCCCACUGAGCUGAAGCCUACAGCUCUGUUGUAGACGGUGUUAGCCCACUGAGCUGAAGCCUACAGCUCUGUUGUAGACGGUGUUAGCCCACUGAGCUGAAGCCUACAGCUCUGUUGUAGACGGUGUUAGCCCACUGAGCUGAAGCCUACAGCUCUGUUGUAGACGGUGUUAGUCCACUGAGCUGAAGCCUACAGCUCUGUUGUAGACGGUGUUAGCCCACUGAGCUGAAGCCUACAGCUCUGUUGUAGACGGUGUUAGCCCACUGAGCUGAAGCCUACAGCUCUGUUGUAGACGGUGUUAGCCCACUGAGCUGAAGCCUACAGCUCUGUUGUAGACGGUGUUAGCCCACUGAGCUGAAGCCUACAGCUCUGUUGUAGACGGUGUUAGUCCACUGAGCUGAAGCCUACAGACUCAUUGUCAGCCGGCUACUUUCUCCACUUCAUAAUUAACAAGGCUUCUUUUAAUUAAAAAUGCUUUAAAUCAAGUGUUAUUUGUCACAUGCUUCAUAAACAACAGGUGCAGACUAACAAUGAAAUGUUUACUGACGGGCCCUUCCCAACAAUACAGAGAGAAAGAAAAUAAAGAAAUAAUCGAAAAGUAAAACACGUCAUAAUAAAGUAACAAUAAAUACACAAUGAGUAACGAUUACAUGGCUAUAUACACGGGGUACCAGUACCGAGUCCAUGUGCAGGGGUACAGGGUAAUAACUUGGCUAUAUACAGGGGGUACCAGUACCGAGUCAAUGUGCAGGGGUACCAGGUAAUUGCGGUAGAUACACUACAUUGCCAAAAGUAUGUGUACCCCUUCAAAUUAGUGGAUUACGCUAUUUCAGCCACACCUGUCGCUGACACAGCCAUUCAAUCUCCACAGACAAACAUUGGCAGUAGAAUGGCCUUACUGAAGAGCGCAGUGACUUUCAAUGUGGCACCGUCAUAGGAUGCCACCUUUCCAACAAGUCAGUUCGUCAAAUUUCUGCCCUGCUAGAGCUGCCCCAGUCAACUGUAAGUGCUAUUAUUGUGAAGUGGAAACGUCUAGGAGCAACAACAGCUCAGCCGCGAAGUGGUAGGCCACACAAGCUCACAGAAUGGGACCGCGAGUGCUGAAGCACGUAGCGCGUAAAAAUAAUCUGUCCUCGGUUGCAAUACUCACUACCGAGUUCCAAACUGCCUCUGGAAGCAACGUCAGCACAAGAACUGUUCGUUGGGAGCUUCAUGAAAUGGGUUUCCAUGGCCGAGCAGCCGCACACAAGCCUAAGAUCACCAUGCGCAAUGCCAAGCGUCGGCUGGAGUGGUGUAAAGCUCGCCGCCAUUGGACUCUGGAGCAGUGGAAAGGCGUUCUCUGGAGUGAUGAAUCAUGCUUCACCAUCUGGCAGUACGACGGACGAAUCUGGGUUUGGCGGAUGCCAGGAGAACACUACCUGUCCAAAUGCAUAGUGCCAACUGUAACGUUUGGUGGAGGAGGAAUAAUGGUCUGGGGCUGUUUUUCAUGGUUCGGACUAGGCCCCUUAGUUCCAUUGAAGGGAAAAUCUUACCGCUACAGCAUACAAUGACAUUGUAGAUGAUUCUGUGCUUCCAACUUUGAGGCAACAGUUUGGGGAAGGCCCUUUCCUGUUUCAGCAUGACAAUGCCCCCGUGCACAAAGCGAGGCCUGCACAGAGCCCUGACCUCAACCCCAUCGAACACCUUUGGGAUGAAUUGGAACGCCGACUGCGAGCCAGGCCUAAUCGCCCAACAUCACUAAUGAUCUUGUCGCUGAAUGGAAGAAAGUCCCUGCAUCUAGUGGAAAGCCUUUCCAGAAGAGUGGAGGCUGUUAUAGCAGCAAAGGGGGGACCAACUCCAUGUUAAUGCCCAUGAUUUUGGAAUGAGAUGUUCGACAAUAAUCUUUUGGCCAUGUAGUGUAUUUACAUACACUGCGUAUACAAAACAUUAAGAACACCUGCUCUUUCCAUGACAUAGACUGACCAGGUAAAUCCAGGUGAAAGCUAUGAUCCCUUAGUGAUGUCACUUGUUAAAUCCACUUCAAUCAGUGUAGAUGAAGGGGAGGAGACGGGUUAAAGAAGGAUUUUUAAGCCUCGAGACAAUUGAGACAAGCCAAUCUACUACACUUAGGCUUCUGAAUGAAAUAUAUGAAACUGAUCAAACUAGAUUUAAUCUAAUUUCACUGUGAUUGGUUAGUCAAACAUGCAAUAAUACCUGUACACUGUGUUUAGAUUGAACAGAGUCGGGUUAACUGA